GCUCCCCUGUGCGCGCGCACUCUCUCCUGCUGCCUGGUAACGUCAGCGCUGCCAGCGUGGAGACAGGGAGCAGGCUCGGGGCAGCAGCAGCAGCAGGAGGAGGAGGGGGGAACGCGGAAGUCCUCACAGCAACCAUCCCGGAGAGCAGCUGACACCCAGCAAGCAGCAUGCAGAGACCCUUCACUCAGGUGGGGCACCUGCUGCACUCUGUGAUAUAGUGUCACUGGGGCUGGGCUGCAGGGGGACACCAACAGGGAGCUAGUGCCAUAUUAAUAUAACCAGGAUCUGUGUGUAUCGAUGGCAAGUGGAAUAUCCAGUCCAUACACUCACAGAUAUACAGAGAGAGAGAGAGAGAUAUACAGAGAGAUAGAUAUAUACAGAGAGAGAGAUAUAUACAGAGAGAGAGAUAUAUACAGAGAGAGAGAGAUACACAGAGAGAGAGAGAGAUAUACAGAGAGAGAGAGAGAUAUACACAGAGAUAGAUAUAUACAGAGAGAGAGAUAUACAGAGAGAUAGAUAUAUACCGAGAGAUAGAGAGAGAUAUACCGAGAGAGAGAUAUACCGAGAGAGAUAUACCGAGAGAGAGAUAUACCGAGAGAUAUAUAUAUAUAUAUACAGAGAGAGAUAUACAUAUAGAUAUAUAGAGAGAGAGAGAGAGAGAUAGAUAUACAUAUAUAUAUAUACAGAUAUAGAGAGAGAGAGAGAGAGAUACAGAUAUAUAUAGAGAGAUAUACCGAGAGAUAGAUAUAUACAGAGAGAUAGAGAGAGAUAUACCGAGAGAGAGAUAUACCGAGAGAGAGAUAUACCGAGAGAUAUAUAUAUAUAUAUACAGAGAGAGAUAUGCAUAUAGAUAUAUAGAGAGAGAGAGAGAGAGAUAGAUAUACAUAUAUAUAUACAGAUAUAGAGAGAGAGAGAGAGAGAUACAGAUAUAUAGAGAGAGAGAGUGAUAUACAUACAGAGAGAGAUAUCCGGGUUGGGGGUGGAGAUUAUAUAUAUAUAUAUAUAUAUAUAUAUAUAUAUAUAUAUAUAUAUAGUAAUAGUCCAUGUAUCCCAUGCAUUGCCUGCAUACAGGUAAUAAUCUUAGAGAACUUCCUGUAUGUGACACAAGUUGGGAUGUUACUAUAAAGAGGUUGCUAUCACUUUAUGUUAGGAUAUAUAUGUGUAUGUGUGUGCAGAUUUGUAGGUUAUUGUAGUCUUUUUAGUGGGCUUUCUUCUAUGAUGUUAUCAGAGGUAUUAUCUUGCAAGGAAUGUGAGCAGAAAUACUAAACUUGGGUUCAAAUGUUUAAAUUUAGAACAUUUGUUGUGUUAGAACACCGAAAUUAGAACACUGAGAUAUAGAUUUAUAAUGGGAUGUUUCACGAUGACAGUGAUGGUAGAUUCAUUUUGGAAAUAAUAAACACAAAAAAAAAAACUAAACUUACUUAUUGAAGAGAUACUCUUUCUAAUGAAUGUUAUUUUGUUUUUGUUUUUAUGGCUAAUGUGAUAUGGGGAGUAGACGUUCCUAAAUAUAAAUGUACUAGUUAUAUAAUUUUAAGAUGCUACAGAAUGUUGUUGACUGAUUUUUCUAGUCUGUAUUUAUAAUAAUUAUAUGCCAACUCCCCCUUCUUUCUUUUUUUUUUUUUUUUAAAUUCAACUAGUGGAAUGCUGUGGUCAUUGCUUCGUGUGGGAUUUGUGACUAAGUUAUCAGACGACUUUAUAAAGACUGAUCACUUCGUAACUUAUAUUUGGCAUAUGAAACGUUGGCUGGCUUCAUUCAACCUCCUUUAUGUAAAAUUGUUUGCGUGAAACUUCAGUCAUUUAGUAAAAGUUUUUCUUGACCAUUUUGAUUUGUAAAGCUAGAUAUUCAUGGGCAGCAGGACACUCAAAGCACCAAAACAUCAUCUUAAAGGAAUACUACACUGUCAGGAACACAAACAUGUAUGUUUUUUUGACGCCAAAAUCCUGAAGUGGCUAUUUAGGUGACCUAUCCCCCUUAGAUCGCUUUGAAAAGGUGAUUUUUCUCACCUUUUCUCCCACGCCAUGCUGGAUUAGCUGCUUCUUACCCCGCCUCCAUGGCUGAGAUUAAUCUUCAUUAUCACAGCCAAUCCAAUGUUUUCCCUUUGGAAAGCAUUGGAGGCUAUUGCACCUAUCAGCAUCUCCUUACCUCUAGUAACACUAUAGGAUAUACUAAGCACCAAUGUAAACAUUGACUUUUCUCACACUAUAUGUUUGUAGAAAUUAUCGUGCUUGGACAUCUUUCCCUAUUUCCUAUAACUGUAGCUUUUUGUAAAAACUUCAGUAGCUAUAAGCUUUUCCCUCUGACAUAAAAGUAUAUUUUGCCAUUGACCACACAAAUAUUGGUAGGACAUGGGUACACAGCAGUUGGCAGCUAUGCACAACCUUAUUUUAAAAAAUAAAUAAAUGUGAGUAUGGGGCCAUCAGUAAGCUAAUAGCAGCUAUAUUCUGGCUGCUAAAAGCAUAUGCAAAAGUUCAGUUUGUUAGAUAAAUAGAACAGCUGCUGGAGGCCAAACUGCAUUUUCCAAAAAUCCAUUCUAGGGAGGGAUACGAUCAGACCACAUAGACCAGAAUGAGAGGCUCCUGAUUGAUGGAGCCUCUUUCUGAUCUGUGAGGGGCUUGCUGCUGCUUGCCCAUGAAGCUGCAGCAGGAACUGGAGUAAGUCAUGGAGUAAGAUUGUACCGUAUUGCCAGUCAUAAACGGCUGUGAUGCUAGAAUCUUGCAGAGAGCCUGAAGGAAACAGGACCCAGUGGCCACAAGCUGGCUGAGCAUUAAUGUAGGGGUAGUCUAGAGUUCAUAUUCCGCAGUGUUUAUGGUGUUAGGAGUGCCCUGGUGUCUCCUCAGUGUAAGUAGUUAGACCAUUUGUUAACAGUUUGAUUACAUAGAAACAUAGAAUGUGACGGCAGAUAAGAACCAUUCGGCCCAUCUAGUCUGCCCAAUUUUCUAAAAACUUUAAUUAGUCCCUAGCCUUAUCUUAUAGUUAGGAUAGCCUUAUGCCUAUCCCAUGCAUGCUUAAACUCCUUUACUGUGUUAACCUCUACCACUUCAGCUGGAAGGCUAUUCCAUGCAUCCACUACCCUCUCAGUAAAAUAAUACUUCCUGAUAUUAUUUUUAAACCUUUGUCCCUCUAAUUUAAGACUAUGUCCUCUUGUUGUGGUAGCUUUUCUUCUUUUAAAUAUAGUCUCCUCUUUUACUGUGUUGAUUCCCUUUAUAUAUUUAAAUGUUUCUAUCAUAUCCCCCCUGUCUCGUCUUUCCUCCAAGCUAUACAUGUUAAGAUCCUUUAACCUUUCCUGGUAAGUUUUAUCCCGCAAUCCAUAAACCAGUUUAGUAGCCCUUCUCUGAACCCUCUCUAAGGUAUCAAUAUCCUUCUGGAGAUACGGUCUCCAGUACUGUGUACAAUACUCCAAGUAAGGUCUCACCAGUGUUCUGUAUAAUGGCAUGAGCACUUCCCUCUUUCUACUGCUAAUACCUCUCCCUAUACAACCAAGCAUUCUGCUAGCAUUUCCUGCUGCUCUAUUACAUUGUCUGCCUACCUUUUAGUCAUCAGAAAUAAUCACCCCUAAAUCCCUUUCCUCAUAUGUUGAGGUUAGAACUCUAUCAAAUAUUCUGUACUCUGCCCUUGGGUUUUUACAUCCAAGAUGCAUUAUCUUGCACUUAUCCACAUUAAAUGUCAGUUGCCACAAUUCUGACCAUUUUUCUAGUUUACCUGGGGUUUGCCAGGUUCUGUACCCUGCCUCUCUACAACCAAAAACUAUCUUUAUUGAGCUAAGUACAUUGAUGCAAGGUUUUAUUGGCUGAUAGUGAUCGGCUGAUGCUCUCUGUCCCCAGGUAAGAAGCCAAGACAUGGCAUUCCUGGCAACAUAACGACUAUAGAGCACUGUAGUGGUUAUGGUGCUUGAGGUGUUCCUUAAACUUACGGCCAUUAAUAUAUAACUUUAUUUGUUUUGAUUUUAGCUUUGUUGUCCCUUAUUAGGCUCUUCUGAUUUAUUUAUUUUGAUCAAUAUCUGUGCCAUUUUCACUGUAAAAUCUCUGGGUUGUAAUGCAAUAUAUGCCUGUGGUUUCAGUUGAAAUUGUGCGUGUGUAAGUUUGUUUAAUUUGUAAAAAGGGGUGUAUAGAAUGCACUUGCAGAUUCCACUAAUUUAAGUGGAGAUUUCUACACACUUAGUACUUUUUUUUUUUUUUAGAAUACACUGCUGUCCAGAGUUGGGUGAGCUAAUGUGGAAACCAAUGAACUGCACUAUUUGUGGUUGCUGUAAUGGAGAAGAGGCAUACAAAAGUUCUAUGUACGUGCACCUGUCUAUGCAUCCUUGUGCAAUAUGAUAUAUGCACAAUGCAUUCUAAAGAAUACCGGGUCAUUUGCUUAGCAUAUUGGUGGAAAAUAAAACAAGGGGCAAUGGAACUCUGUUAUAUUGCAUACAUGGCCAAGUUGCAUGAAAGUGGCUCUGUCUCUUUGCAGGUUUUGAUUUUUAAAUUAAUCCUUUUUUUUUUUUUCUGUUUCUCUAUUUUUGUUUGGUUUUAUUUUUUAUCUUUAUUUUUGCAAUUCAAGUAAAAGAGUUCUAAUACUCUAAUAGUGGGAUGCACAAGGCACCAUAACCACUACAGCAUGCUUUGGGGUUAUAGUGUAUGGCGUGUUCAUUUAAAACACAAGUUGAACCCGACUAGCGAGUUUAGUUUGCUUGACAACUUUGUUUAAAUAUUCAGGAGUACCCUAAAAUUUUGUAGUGAGCAUUUUUGCUGGAAAAGUGAGCUGACAAUCAACACUGCUACUUAUGCUACAUAUUGUGUGCUGUGCAUGACAUCUCUUUGAAGGUUAUGAGAUUACAGGUAUAGUGAAGUGUCAUAAAAGGAAGGUGUGUUUCAGACAGAGUGGUUAUGAUAGUGAUAUACAAAUAUCCUUUGAAUCGAAAUUUUACUAUAACAAAGAAUUUUUUUGUUGACUUGCUGUGGCAUAGGGAAGAGUAAACCACUCUCAGAUCCCUAAUUAAAGGAACACUAUACGGUCAGUAUUCCUGACCCUCUAGUUUUAAAACCACCAUUUAAGUGACUUGCGACCCCCCUCCCCCCCCCUUAAAAGUUAAGAAAACUUACCUUAUUUUCAGCGCCACGCAGGUCUGCCGGUUCUAGCCCCACCUCCAAUCAGCCUUCUUGACUGACAUCAUCAGAACUGAUGAACAGCAUCAGACUGGCUGAGAUAGUCAAGGAGGCAAGGCGGAGACAGGGCCAAACGCCGACUUGGCCAAUCAACAUCUUCUCAUGCAGAGAGUGAGCACUGACCCAGGAAACAGCUCUAGUGGCUGUAUGAAGAGUGGCAACUAGAGGUGUUCCCAGGGAUGUAUUUACCACAAGGCAAACAAGGCAUUUGCCUAGGACGGCACUUUCAGGGGGGCGCCAAAAAAUUCCACCCCAAGCUCCCAGACAAAAGCCUUGUUUGCCUUUGUGUUCUGGGACUGUCCACCUUACUGUGAACGAAUGAGUGUAGCUGUCAGUGUGUGUCUGUGAGUGAGAAUGGGUGUGCCUGUGAGUGUGUGCCUGUCAUUUUAGGCGUAUCUGAGAGUGGUUAAACAGUGUGUGCCAAUGACUGUAUGUGUGUGCCAAUGACAGUGUAUCUGUCAGUGAGUGUAUAUCAGUGCAUGUAUCAAUGAGAGCAUGUGUCUGUCAGUCAAAAAAAUGGCCUUGACGUGAAUUGGGGGGGCAAAUUUUGAUUUUGGGGGCUAAACACCUUAUUUUCAGGAUUCCCCUAGUAAUUGCCAUGUGUGAUAGGCAGUGAAGCCUUCAGUGUUUUAUGAAGUAUUUCAUGACUUGUACUGCUAGGGCCAUUCACUAAAUUAGAAAUUGCUGACAACUGACAAGGAAAUUGCAUUUGUUAGGCUUUAUAGCCAAGCGAAAAAGUAGCAUUUGGAGAAUAUUUUAGAUUUCAGAUAUUUCAAUGUUAAUUUUGCAAUUCUCUUGUCAAAGAACCACAUUAGCAGUUAAAUGGAUGUCCUUAAAGGUACACUCUGGGCAGUAUGUCCACUUUAGUUUACUGAAGUGGUUAUGGUGCCAAAAUAACUUCUCUGCUGUCUUUGGUUUAAAUUUACUUACCAGUGUGGACGCGUAGCACCAAUCAUCUCAGGGAGAGGUCUCUCUUUUAGUAUUGCAGGUGUGUACGGAAAUGGCAACUCAUCGGUAUGAGAACCAGGAAGUGGAAUUAUUGGCUCUUUGACUAGCUUUGUAGGCAGAGCUACAAGCUUUAAUACCCUAUUUUGUCAUUUUGCUAAGUAAUUAAAACCUAAGAGUGCAGAGAAAGUAUGCUGGGACCAUAACCACUUUAAUAACCUCAGGUAUUUAUAGCACCUGGUGCUUUUACUAGGUUACUCCAACCCUUUGGAGGUGGGGGGCCUUUUAUGUGUGAUAUGUCCUAUUGGGCACUAUGAAUUGGGUCCCCCUUUGAAUUGCAGUAAACAUAGAAUGUGACGGCAGAUAAGAACUAUUCGGCCCAUCUAGUCUGCCCAAUUUUCUAAAUACUGGUACUUUCAUUAGUCUCUGGCCUUAUCUUAUAGUUAGGAUAGCCUUAUGCCUAUCCCACGCAUGCUUAAACUCCUUUACUGUGUUAACCUCUACCAUUUCAGCUGGAAGGCUAUUCCAUGCAUCCACUACCCUCUCAGUAAAGUAAUAUUAUUUUUAAACCUUUGCCCCUCUAAUUUAAGACUAUGUCCUCUUGUAGUUUUUCUUCUUUUAACCCCUUAAGGACCAAACUUCUGGAAUAAAAGGGAAUCAUGACAUGUCACACAUGUCGUGUCCUUAAGGGGUUAAAUAUGGUCUCCUCCUUUACUGUGUUGAUUCCCUUUAUGUAUUUAAAUGUUUCUAUCAUAUCCCCCCUGUCUCGUCUUUCCUCCAAGCUAUAUAUGUUAAGUUCUUUUAACCUUUCCUGAUACGUUUUAUCCUGCAAUCCAUGAACCAGUUUAGUAGCCCUUCUCUGAACUCUCUCUAAAGUAUCAAUAUCCUUCGGAAGAUACGGUCUCCAGCACUGCGUACAAUACUCCAAGUGAGGUCUCACCAGUGUUCUAUACAAUAGCAUGAGUAUUUCCCCUUUUCUACUGCUAAUACCUCUCCCUAUACAACCAAGCAUUCUGUUAGCAUUUUCUGCUGCUUUAUUACAUUGUCUGCCUACCUUUAAAUCAUCAGAAAUAAUCACCCCUAAAUCCAUUUCCACAUAUGUUAAGGUUAGGACUCUAUCAAAUAUUCUGUAGUCUGCACUUGGGUUUUUACAUCCAAGAUGCAUUCUCUUGCACUUAUCCACAUUAAAUGUCAGUUGCAACAACUCUGACCAUUUUUCUAGUUUACCUAAAUCAUUUGUCAUUUGGCUUAUCCCUCCUGGAACAUCAACCCUGUUACAAAAGACAUACCUUACCAUCAAGACCUUCUGCAAUAUCACUAAUAAAAAUAUUAAAGAGAAUGGGUCCAAGUACAGAUCCCUGAGGUACCCCACUGGUGACAAGCCCAAUUUUCAAAUAUACUCCAUUGACUACAACUCUCUGUUGCCUGUCACUCAGCAACUGCCUUACCCAUUCAACAAUAUUGGAAUGCAAACGUAAAGAUUGCAAUUUAUUGAUAAGCCUUCUGUGUGCAACAGUGUCAAAAGCCUUACUAAAAUCAAGGUAAGCAAUGUCUACUGCACCACCCUGAUCUAUAAUUUUAGUUAUCCAAUCCAAAAAAAUCAAUAAGAUUAGUUUGGCAUGAUCUCCCUGAAGUAAACCCAUGUUGUCUCUGAUCUUGCAGUCCAUGUAUUUUUAGAUGUUCAACAAUCCUAUCCUUUAACAUGGUUUCCAUCACUUUCCCCACUACUGAAAUAAGGCUUACUGGCCUAUAGUUGCCCGACUCCUCCCUAUUACCUUUCUUGUGAAUGGGCACAACAUUCGCUAACUUCCAAUCCUCUGGAACUACUCCUGUUAACAAUGAUUGGUUAAAUAAAUCUGUUAAUGGUUUUGCUAGUACACCACUAAGCUCUUUUAAUAACUUUGGGUGUAUUCCAUCAGGUCCCAUUGACUUAUUUGUCUUUACUUUUGACCGUUGAAAUAGAACCUCUUCCUCUGUAAACUCAUAUGUAAUAAAUUACUCAUUUGUCCUUUUUCCUAACUGAGGCCCCUUUCCUUUAUUUUCAUCUGUAAAUACUGAACAAAAAUAUUAAUUGAGGCAGUCAGCUAGACCUUUAUCCUCUUCUACAUACCUUCCUUCUUUUGUUUUUAAUCUAAGUAACCCUUGUUUUACUUUUCUUUUCUCAUUUAUGUGUCUAAAAAAAUGUGUUGUCCUCUUUUUUUUUUUUACUGACUGUGCUAUUUUCUCUUCUGUGUGUGAUUUGGAAGCCCUUAUAACUUGCUUAGCCUUUUUCUGCCUAAUCUUAUAGAUCAUUUUAUCUUCCUCGCUCUGGGUUGUUGUUUUUUUUAAUUACUAAAUGCUAACUUUUAGUUUUUUACUAUUCUGGCCACAAAAAUCUUUUUAAAUAAAGAUGUUUACUCACCUGGAAACUGGCAUAGUCAAAGCUCUGACGCUUACUGGAUGUAAUUUAUGCACAGCAUUGACAUUUUUCAGCCCGGAACUGAGUUGCAAUGUUUCAGCAUGUGCAGUGUUUCAAACUGAAACAUUGCACAUACACAUGCCUACUACCAUAACCACUUUAAAUUACUGUAGUAGUUGUGGUGGUUUGAGUAACCCUGACCACUUAUAGUGUUAUUUACUAAUGUGAGAAUUCAAAUUUAAGGUAAAGUCAGACUGGAAAAAUUCUCUAAACCUGCUAUAAUUUCAUUUCAGGUACUCGGGCCUAACAUUUGAAAUUUAUUUUGGAUUCUCACUUUAUUGAAUAACCCUGUUUAAUCCCAAAUAAGUGGUUUGGGUGCAAUGGCCCUGUAGGUUUUGUCCUGCAAUGUAAAACACUGCCAUUUAUUUUUUAUUUUUUUUAAAUACCAAUGUUUUCAUUGCAGGACCAAACUCACCUCUAGUUGUUUUCCCUAAGUGCUUCAACUGUGACAACAGAGUUUGGUUUGGUUAUGUGACGUUUAUCAAAUGCCGAACAAAGAAAUAACUUGGAUUUGAUGCCUUUCUAUGAGGCUCGUUGCUCGCCACACAUGUGCUACUUGUCCCCAAUGCUUCUAUAUAAAAAGCAUUGGAUUGGACAAGAAAAGGAGUCAGUGACAUGGGACCGGAUCUCAGCACUGAAAAAGUAUAACCAUUUUUCUCCCCAUUUUAAAAUAUAUAUAUAUAUAUAUAUAUAUAUAUAUAUAUAUAUAUAUAUAUAGUUUUUUUUUGUUUUUGUUUUUUACUACAUUUAGAUGUGGCUCUGAAUCUAGAUCGGGAGUAGAACACUGUAGCUUUACGAAUACAGGUUUAUACUCCUAAAGGUAUAGUGUUCCUUUAAGCAGCAAUUUUAGAAGAACACUCUAAGCACUAUCUGCACUGCAGUGCUGUGUAGCAGUUAUGGUGUGCUCCCUCGUUGUAUGUAGUAAGUUUUGAGAACAGUUUGUCUUUUUACUUUAGGUUUGCGGGGUGCUGCAUGGUGGCAUUGCCACUCCAGCUAUGUGCUUCUUUCAUCAGCUCUCUUGAGCUAAGCCGUGCAGGGUCCAGCUGAUUGGCUAAGAAUGUCAGCUGAUGGCUGUGACGAAGUGCCCUUCGCCACUUGUGCCUGGAGAGGACUGCUUGCCCGCCUCUUGCCCUGUGACUAUGGCCCCUGGGAUGUAUUGCCCUUUAAAGACAUGAUUUGGGCAUAAUGGAUUUGUGUUGUGCUGCUGCUGGCCCUUUGAGAACCAUCUGGGGACAUACUGUGGAGUUACUGGGUGGCCACCAUUUCCUGUAUCAGAAGCACAUGGUGAGAACAAUGGAUGGCGGCCAUCUCGCUGGUAUUUGGUGCACAGAGACAUCGUGCAGUGGUUUUGGACUAUACAGCAGGGGACACGUUAUACAGUGAUUGUUUUUCAUUUAGCCUGUAUAUGUUCUGCAGAAUCUGCAUUAAACUGUAUUUUCCAAAGUACUGAACGGAUCUGGGUGAAUUUUGGAUAUGUGGUUCACCCAGAUCCCCCGGUUCCAAGGAUAUACUUUUUAUGGGGUUAUUGCAUGUUUUGGGGUCCCUGUGUGUUUUAUGAAACUGUAUUAUUUCUGGCCAGCAGAUAAUUGAGCUUUGUGUAUUGUAGAAACUCAAUUAUCUAGCCUGGCCCAGAGGAGGAGUUUUGUGUUGCAUAAAUUGUGAGUUCUGUGUGCCAGUAAAUCAGUCUUGUUCCAGCAUUAAGCCUUGGCUCAUGUUUGGGGGAAGGGAUACCUACACUCUGGGGAUUGCUAUAAUCACUUACUCCCCAGAGGAAGCUUUUGCAAUAGCUUGAUUUGUUCCUGUUCCUGCUCUCUGGGGAAAGAGAGGUUCACCCACUGGAAGCUGGAUCCUGGCCUUGGGUCCAGGGUGGGUGGAAACAGCAGAGACCCCGGCGGAGUUGCAUCGCUGGAAGUGGGGUCUGCAGUGCUGAUGGUGUCGGUUGGAGUGCUUGGAGUCCUCAGCGAGCACUAGGAGCAUCGAUUGGCGGAGGUACUCAGUCGGCGUGCCAGCAUUCCGCCAAUGAGCUAACCCCUGCACUGAGCUCAGCGUGCUUCUGGCAGUAGCAGAGGCAGGGAAUGGGGUCCGCAGACCUCAGAGAAGUCAAACCUUUAUCAAACUGUAUGACUACUUACAUUGGGGGCAAACACCAGGUCACUCCUGGCACCAUAAGCACUACAGCUAGUUAUAGUGGUUAUGGUGCUUGGAGUGUUCCUUCAAAAUGCUUUUUUUUUUGUUUUGCUUUUUAUUUUCUUAAGUGAGGGCCUUUGUUUAAUGUGAAAAAAAAUUCUAAUAUUAAGAAAAAUAAGUGGUCAUACAAAUGUAAGAUAACAUUAAAAAUUAUGAUUAUAUCCUCUUCAUUGCAUUUUAAAAAAAAAUGCAGUUUUUAAUUAUGUGAUGCUAAAAGGCUGUUCUUCUGGGUUUAUUAGCCUGUUUGUGUUCCUGAAGUCACAUCAGACAAGACAGGGGCUUACCUGAAGGUUUUGUUCCUAGUACAGAAGAAGAUUGCCACAUUGUAUUACUGCAAGUAAAGCAACCGAAUACCUUGGUUCUUGUUGGUUUAAUAAAAAAAACGUACAGAGCGAGUCCGUCUUGCACAACCUGUACUUCCGUAGGACCUCUGUUAGACCACCUGGUUUCUAAGCAAGUUGUUGAAGGAUCAGAUUUAAAGUCCCAUUGUGGGUACACAUCAGGACUAAAAGAAUGUACAAAAAGUUUCUAAUUAGUGGAGUUAAUUAAAAUUAUUUGGCCACACCCAGUGUUGGAGACAAACAGUAGAAUGGACUGUACUACAGGUCUCAAUGCAUGGUCACGCCCUCUUUCUAAUAAGUCAUUUUGUUAAAAUUGUCAGCCCUGUCUGCUAAAGAUGCCCCAUUUAACUUGUAAAUGUUGUUGCUUUGUAGUGUAAUUAUCUAUGAACUGCAAAUAUCGUAUACGUGCAGAGUGUAGAAUUUGAAAUUCACCCUGAAUUCUUUCAGUUUCUGACAAUUCUAACUUAUAGGUACACUAUAGUCACCAAAACAACUUUAGCUUAAUGAAGCAAUUUGGUGUAUAGAUCAUGCCCCUGCACGAUCACUGCUCAAUUUUCUGCCAGUUAGGAGUUAAAUCACUUUUGUUUCUGUUUAUGCAGCCCUAGCCACACCUCACCAAGCUGUGACUAACACAGCCUCCAUGAAAAUAUAUAGUUUCAUUUUCAAUCAGAUGUAAAUAACUUUAAAAGUUUGUAUAUCCUGCUUUGUAAAUUAAACUUUCGUUACAGGAGGCUCCAGCAAGGUCUAGCAAGCUAUUAACAGAGCAGGAUAUAAGAAAUUCUAAAUUAAACAGAAUUUGCAGUAAUGAAAGGAUAAACAUUAGAUGACUCUUUACAGGAUGUGUUUAGGAAGCCUGUGAAUUCACAUGCAGGGAGGUGUGACUAGCGCUGAAUAAGCAAUGUGAUUUAACUCCUCAAUGGCAGAGACUUGAGCAGUGAGACUGCAGGGUCAAGAUUUAUACACCAAAACUGCUUGAUUAAGCGAAGGUUGUUUUGGAGACUAUAGCGUCACUUUAAAUAAAUAACCCCGAUAGUGUAAUACAAAACUUGUUCAUCAGGAGCUUUACUAAAUGGGUUUCUAUGGCCCAAGUAGCUACAUACUUCCGUAAUCCCCAUGUGCAGUGUGGUAAAGUUUGCCACCAUUAGAACUUGAAACUGAAACUCAAUCGCACUUUAUCUGACAUUUCGUAGGACGCCAAAUUGCAUAGUGCCAACUGUGAUUAUAAGCAUAAUGAAAAAGGAAUUAUUACCACUUUUAUUUCUAUAAUCGGUGAAUUAGGAGUAACUAAUAUAUAUAAUAAGACGUACAAGUACGAAAUGAAAGCAGAACCCUGCCUACUAGCGCAUGUGGCAUUUAUACAAUAUACUUACAAGCUUGUUUCAUAAGUCUUUUUUUAUUUUUUUAUUUUAUUGGUGAGUAUAUAAAUCUGUGACUAAUUUUUUUUAUUUUGUCCAUUUUAAAAACAGAAAAACACUUAUUGCAUUUAUUUUUGUAUUUCUGGUAAAAUUUUAUAGUAUUUGGGAGCUAAGAAGUGACCAACUUUUUUAUUGGCUUGUAUAGGUAAUUGAUAUGUAAAAAUAAAACACCCAAAAAAUAAAUUAAACGUUAAUUCAGUUGUUCCAGAUAGGAGCAAGAACUAGGAAUGAGCUCUGUCUAGCCUAGGAAGAAUCAAAGCAUCUCAUUGUGUCCUAUACAGCCUGAUAUUAUCCUGUCAAUCAAUCUCAAGCAGGGGUUUAUGCAAUACGUAAAUCACACCCAAAUAACAUUCUUUUUAUCACAUGCGAUGAGUAAAGCUGCAACAAUGUGGGUUCUCUCCAAGGGCCAGUGAGGUCUGAUUGGGAGUUGAAUGUCAUGCUCUUAUGAAACAUGCAUACUAUACAAUAUUGGCAGAACAAGAAAUAUAGUUUAUUCCUGCAAUGUGUGACAUACACAUACUAAUAGCUGGUGUGAUUCCUGCAAAGAGCUGAAUUUAUAGAUAACUGUGAAUAGGCUGGAGCAGUGGCCUUCCCUGCACCAUAAAUGAAUGCGUUAAUAAUUUAGAUAAGUUGUUGGGGAUCUCUGAGUCUUCAUGUUGUAGGCACCACAUUUGAUGAUAUUCCUGUUUGUGACUGUCCUUUUUAAUCCAAUUUUUUAAUGGUAUGUCUGUAAUAGAGAUUUAUGUAUUUUAAUAUUCAAGAAACCAGACACUAAACUAUUUCUUUAAAGGAACACUAUAGUCACCUAAAUUACUUGAGCUAAAUAAAGCAGUUUUAGUGUAUAGAUCAUUCCCCUGCAAUUUCACUGCUCAAUUCACUGUCAUUUAGGAGUUAAAUCACUUUGUUUCUGUUUAUGCAGCUCUAGCCACACCUCCCCUGGCUAUGACCAACAGAGCCUGCAUGAAAAAAAAAAAAACUGGUAUCACUUUCAAACAGAUGUAAUUUACCUUAAAUAAUUGUAUCUCAAUCUCUAAAUUGAACUUUAAUCACAUACAGGAGGCUCUUGCAGGGUCUAGCAAGCUAUUAACAUAGCAGGGGAUAAGAAAAUCUUAAUUAAACAGAACUUGCAAUAAAGAAAGCCUAAGUAGGGCUCUCUUUACAGGAAGUGUUUAUGGAAGGCUGUGCAAGUCAUAUGCAGGGAGGUGUGACUAGGGUUCAUAAACAAAGGGAUUUAACUCCUAAAUGGCAGAGGAUUGAGCACUGAGACUGCAGGGGCAUGUUCUAUACACCAAAACAGCUUCAUUAAGCUAAAGUUGUUCAGGUGACUAUAGUGCCCUUUAAGAGAGAUUUAUUUUCACUUCCUAUAAAACAUCCGUUAUAUAAAUUGAUACGUCAAACAAAGUAUUUGUUGGUGAAUGUAAUUCUAUUAUUACUCCAUCUUCUGUCUUGUAGUUAGUUAUUAGAGGAAACCGACUGAUUAACAUGCAUUAAUUGAAAUGGGUUAGGCCAAAGUUCGUUGUUCUGAUAUUUUAUUCUGAGAUAUUAGUGGAUGUGAUGACUAGGUUUUUAUGACCUGAUGGUAAAAGGCGAAGAGCCAAUCCCCGUGUUGUUAAUUUACUUUUACAGAGUAAUUUAUGAACAUUUUGCAUUUAGAUUUUGUCAUACUUUAUCCCCUAAGCUUUGCCUUCUUUUUGAAGGUAGCAUGCUCUCCAGAUGUUUAAUAGACUGUGAUGUGCACAAUAACAUGGGUUAAUUUAAUAUAUCUCAGAAGGAGAAGGGACAGACCAUGUAGCCAGACAGGUCUUGAUCCCAAAGUCAGGGACCACUGAACCCUUUUUUUUCCCCUCUUAUUAGACACUUUCUAAGCACCAAUAUAAGCAAUAUAAAACAUCUGGCAAACUGCACCUAGAGGAGGAGUUAACCCUGCAAUACAGGUGGUCCUUUUUUUUACGACCGACCUGUUUUACAACGGCUCACACUUACGACCGGAGUGGUAAGUGCAAGCCGUUGUGAGAAUUAAAUGGAUACCCUGCUCUGCUGCGUUCGUCUAUGUUCGGGGAAAUUUCCCCAAACCUAGACGAACGCACCAGAGCAGGGAAUCCCUUAAAUCUAUGUUCGAGGAAAUUUCCCUGAACAUAGAAAAGUGCACCAGAGCAGGGAAUCCCUUAACUCCUUACUUACCGAUUGAUUUGUUCUACGACCGGGUCGUAGGAACGGAACCCGGUUGGUAAGUGAGGAGUGUCUGUAUAAUUGCAGUUUCUCAGAAUUAUAAUUUCUAACCUUGGAGUAUUCCUUUAAAGAUGAAUUUCCGCUAGAGGCUGUCCUGUUGGCUGUUUGACAGCUUCUAGAGGCAUUUUCUCAGCCAGAUGUAGACGUGUCUUUUCUCAGAAACGACAAUAUUUUACAUUGUAAGAGAAAAGGUACAGCAUCUGCAUCUACAUGUGGUUUUGGUGCUUAGUGUGUCCCUCUAAUCAUGCACUCCUCCCCUUUCUUUCUAUGGAUGAUUGUGCAAAGGACAUUGUAUGUUGACUGCUCACAAACUGGACCAGGCAGCAAGCAGCCUCUCCCAGCACACCGUGACAGAAUAGUUUACAUCACUCCAGAAAUAGUCUAUUUAAAAAGAUUACUAUUAUGUAAUUGUUGUUUGUGUGAUGACUAAGGGUUUAUUUAUAGCAUCGCCUUUCAUAUUCAUGCUGUCUGUUAUUUUUACAACACAUUAUUUUAAGGGGUGGCAUGACUAAUAAGUAACACUGACAGUGCAGAACAUCCUAUACAUAAUGUACUAAAAUAUAGUGAAGAUAGUCUCGUUUUCCACCUUUACACAAAUAAACCAUGUUUCUGUUUUUGUUGUACAUGUGUUUUGAGGUCAGGAUUCAUUACUACAAUUAUUUGUAACAUGUUUGAGUCGCAAUUAAAAAGAAUGGUUAAACCCAACUAAAAUGACAAGUUUACAAUAACUAUGUAUAUUUAUUUGUGUUCUGCUGAUAGUUGUAUAUAAUAUAUGCCAGGAAAAAAAUAAAAAUAUGUUUAGAAAGACAGACAUUUGUUCUGAAAUCUGUUUUUUGGAAGGGAAAUGUAUUUGACUUUAAAUUAAAACUAUAGGGCUAGGAAUACAAAGUAUCUCUCCCACCCCCCCUUGCAGCAUUGAUGGUGUUAAAAAACAUUGUCAUUUAUCUGCUUCCAGCACCAAUAUCUCUCAGAUUAAAGGGAUAAUGAUCAUGUAAAAUGAUGUCACAUAGUUUUAUUCUUUGAAUUGAAUCUUGCUCCUUAAAAAAAUCGUGGGGGAUCUCUUCAAUUAUAUAUUUUUUUUUAGCGGAACACUCCAGGCACCAGCUCGCUGUGGUAGAUUUUUCUGGCGCUCCCACAUUGUAAGUAGUCAAACUAUUUUUUAAAUUUUUUUUUUUAACGGUUUGACUUUUUACCCAGAGUCUGCUUGGUGUGCUCCUCACCUCCUCUACUGUUGCCUGAGAGCUGGAAUUAUAUAAGCAACCAAGGAGCUAGGCCCAGUGCACUGUUGUGGUUAUAGUGCUUGGAAUAUUGGAGUAUUCCUAUAAGCCCUUUGCAACUGUAACCUUGUGAGGGUGCCGCAUAAAGCUGCUUAAUGCUGAACCAUAAUGUAUAACCAUUUAUAACAACUCCCAGUUCUGAAAGGUUUUUUUUAUCUUUAUCCUUUAAGUGGGGAUUUCUUUAUAAAUGACAAAAAAAAAAUGUUGAUAUGCAUUUUUGGGGGGCUUGUUUUUUAUUUUGUUUUUUUCGGUGAUUUUAAAAAAGUUCACAUAUUCCAACAUAAAGUUUUAAAUAGUCAUUUCAUGCUUCUCUUCCAAAUACACAAAAUACACAUUUAAAAAUGUGUUUGAUUUGCUAUGUGGAUGACCUGCGUAGCAGUGCUGUUUAUUAAAGUUUAUAAAUCCAUGAUGUGAUGAUGGUGAAUUGAUAUACAUUAUUCAUGCUUGCCUGCUCUCUAUGUAGGUCACUAUAUUCUGUGCCUGCACUACACUCAGUACAAUAGUAUGUGUACAGCUGUUUUUAAACCUCUGGAAUUAGACCACAAUCUGCUCAAAAUAUAUUAGUGAGAAUGUUGUGGGGUAACAAAAAACCUGCAGUUCGAUUAUUAUUGUGUAUAAAGAAAUGUUUUUGCUAUUUUGCAUAUUUUAGUUCUGCUACAACCAGGAAAUAGGUUUGGUUUAUCCUCCGAUCAGUUGUUUCCCAUUGUUCUCAAUGAAAGCAUCAACAGUUAAAUUGUGUGUGAAUAUAUUGUGAUCAUUCUUAUUAGAAAAGGUUUAUGAUUUAGGAUUCUCAUCACUACCUGAGGCUAAGUCCCCCCCCACACCCCCUUGGUUUAAAGGGGCAUUUAUUAUUUCUGAUGGGUUAACCCCCUUCUUAAUAGAUAAUGUACCAGGAUGUAAUGCGAUAUGCUUUGAGCUUAUCAGUUUUCCUGUUUGCCUGGGAUGACCAUUUAAUAACUGAAUUGAUAAGUAAUCUGUGUUUACAGUUGUGGCCCAGAGUUGAACCAAUCUAGCUGGGAUAGAACUGGUGGUUUAACAUGUGGACUUGUCACGGGUUCUCCUCAAUCUCUCCAUAGUCUCAGUAGGUUCUUGUGUGAGAGCCCUUUAAAUGGUGUCUUUGACUGAAUGUUUGUACUACACUGGUUUCAUACUCUGGUUUGUGGGCUGACUAAUAAAACAAAAGACAAACCCAAGGAACACUUUCUACAGUUGUGGUUUUCAAAGAGAAACAUACAAAAAAAAAAUAUUUUUUCUUUUCCUUUUUUUUUUUGCUUUAUAUUAGAAGACACGCAUUUUACAAAAUGUAAAAAUGAAGCCAAUGACCUAACGUGUCCCUGACAACAGGAACUGUGUUCGCACAUGGCAGGAAGCAGGUCAGCUGUCUGCAAAUUCAAACAAAUUCUUUAUUCUAAGUGAAUUUGGACAGCGGGGCACUGUGUAGCUGUCAUAUGCCAGCAACCCAAAUGCAGUAUAUUAAAUGCUUGCUUAGUAUUUCUUCUUUGUGUAGAAUGGAAAUGAAUAGUUGACGUUUAUUAUUUCUCCCCAGAAUGUAAUAUUCUGCACUUGAGAAAUGCAGUUACAUUUGUAGUUAUUGACAUUUGAGAUUUCUUUUGAGAUAAUUUUGUUGAAGUAUGAAAGCAUUUACAAUGCAAGGUUGCGUAUUUAAAAUCUAACUGUUGAAGAGAGAAGAGAAAAACAUAUCAUUUCAUAUAUAGCUACAUUUUGAUUCUAUGCACGAAUACAAAAAGUUUGAAACGGCUGGAAUAUUCCUUCACCAGCAUUCCGUAUGUACUUUCAUGACACAGCACGUAGGUAAUGUAAACAUUGCGUCUAUGUGCCUUUAGCUUUAGUAGCUUUGGUGGAACACUCUGACUUUGGAAAUAUACAAUGUUUCAAGUCAGAUAUGUCGAUCAGUUUAGGUUACUGACCCCAUUCUGUUUAACCUCUCUCCCCCACCCUAAAAAAGAGGAGAUAUCAAAUUUAAAGGGACACUAAAGUCACCUGAACAACUUCAGGUGAGAACUAUAGCUCCCUGCAGCCUUUCUCAUGUAAACACUGUAUUUUCUGAGAAAAUACAGUGUUUACCUUGAAAGCUAGGAACACCUCCAGUUGCAGUCACUCAGAGUGAACCAGAGGGACUUCUGAGUUAAUGGAGGCAUAAUAUGCCUCCAUCCACUCAGAUCUGAUGUGCACGAGCAUCCUGUGAUUCAGUAUCUCCUCCCACUGCAUGCAGACACUGAACUUUCCUCAUAGAGAUUCAUUGAUUCAAUGAAUCUCUAUGAGGAGAUGCUGAUUGGCCAGGGCUGUGUUUGACUCAUGCUGGCUCUGCCCCUAAUCUGCCUCCUUGUCAGUCUCAGCCAAUCCUAUGGGAAGCACUGUGAUUGGAUCAGGCUAUCACAUGUCAGCAGACUGCUUGUUUUUCCUGAGUCUAACAGCAUACAGAUUUACAGCUUCUGGCUUGAAUACAGUAAGAUUUUUACUAUAUUUAUGGAGGCAUGAGGGGCCCAGGGGCUAGAUGGUCGUGUUAACACUAUAGGGUCAGGAAUACAUGUAGUUGCACUGGUGACUAGUGUCCCUUUAAAUUUACCUGUAAUCCAGCACCGAGACCGUCUCCUCUGCACCAUCAAUCAUGAUGAUCUCUGUCUAAUCAGAAACGUCUCAUAGACAAGCAUUGUUUAAUUUGUAACUCUAAAGAUACUCUGUAUUAAAUGAGAAAUGACCACUAUGGGCCUCUGUAAGCUGAGUGGUCAAAGUGGUAAUUUCCUUCAUAUAAAGUGACAAUGCCCCAAAGUAAAACUGUUGGGGGAGUUGCAAUCUGUGCUAUGGGCCACCAUUCCCCUUGAACAUUCCUUCUCUCUAGGUCCUUUGGAGCUUGGAGAACCUUACCUGAAAUUCAGGGUAAAGAUGGGGUUACAUCUUUCUCAAAGAUUCUGCGUAAAAUUACAGAUAACAUUUUAAAUUGAUAUGGUAUUGAACUAAUUUGGAGGUCGAAACAUUGCUUUAUCUAAUAUUCAUUUAUCUCCAUUAAAGGGACUCUCCAGUGCCAGGAAAACAAACCUGCAGUGCCCCCAUCCCAUGUCGCUAAAGGGGUUAAAACUACUUACCUGAAUCCAGCACUGAUGUCACUCGGCGCUGGAUCAGGCUCCGCCCAUGCUCUACCCUCUCCAAUGUCAGCCGGCGGGGGAGACCUAAUGCGCAUGCGCGGCAAUGGCCGCGUGUAUUAGAGCUCCCCACAGGAAAGCAUUAUUCAAUGCUUUUCUAUGGGAAAAAAACUGACGCUGGAGGUCUGUGAGGACGUCCAGCGUCAGAUAACCAACCAAAGGUCCGUUUGAAUUACGUAAGCAAUCUACGUCUGCAAUGUUUUACUUUGCAGCACUCAGUGCAAUAGGGGCACAGCACCCAGACAAAUUCAAUUAGCUGAAGUGGUCUGGGUGCCUGAAGUGUCCUGCCUUAUGAGUCACCCCUGACUGCCUGGGCCAUCUCUGUUAUUUCACGUGUGUAUUGGGGUAUGCCUGCCUCGGCCAAGUUCAGCACCCUGUGUUAUUGACCUAGAAGAGUGUGGAUUCCUUCUACCUCCAAGCCUGUUGUUGUUAUAGUGCAAGGAGUGCCCUAGACCCAUGCAAUGAUAACGUGUCAAACUGUUUCAGCACUCCGCAAUUGAUUUUUUUUGAGGUUUUGUUUUGCUCCAAUGCAACUUUUGGCUUCCCCUGCUGAAGAAGAACAGAUGUAGGUUGACCCUGGUAAAUUGUCAAACCAUGAUAAAACCGUCCAGAACAGUGACCUUGACCCUUAUUAGAUCCUUCAGGCUGAUGUACAGUCUCUGUAUACUGUUUUCAGGUGAAUAGCCGUGGAACUCUGUAACUGCUACAACAAGUUGUAGUUGGUAUGGUUCUUGAGGUUUUCUUUUAACCCCCUCUACCUUGCUCUUACUUACUUUUUCCUUCUCUUUUCUUUACUUUGGGUCAUUUAUUUAUGGAACCUUAUUUGCUCACCAACACUCUUUAUUUAUGAUGAUACAAGAAUAACCAGAGUUUUUUUUUUGUUUGUUUUUUCCUUUUGAAUUCUUUGAGUGUUUACACAAUGAACACAAUAAUCGUCGCAAAUCCAAGCCAGCUAUGCGAUUGUUACAUAUGUUUUUUUUUCAUGCAGAUUACCAUUUCACACUGCAUAAGGUAGAAUUUCUAAUUGUGUCAACUGGGGAAAAAUAUGCUCAACUUGGCACUUCGUAUUUUUUUUCCUCUUCUGUGCAAGUAAGCAAAGUAAUUGGCUGUAGGUAAUGUUUUUUGAAAUCUUGUAAUAUGACUUUUUUUUAAACUUGGCAGUUUCAUUUAAAGAAGUACUAAUAUUUUGAAGCAAACCCAUUUUCCUGGCACUAUAGGCUCUUGGAGUGCCCCCCUCCCUCAGCACUGAAGGGGUUAAAAGCCCUUAAGCCACUUACCCUAAUUCAGCGCCGGGCUCCCUUGGUGCUGAUGACCUCUCUUCCCCUGCCAACGUCAGUUCCAGAGAGGAGCCGAACGCGCAUGCACGCCCAGAGGCUCACGCGCAUUCAAACCCGCCCAUAGGAAAGCAUUACUCAGUGGACCUCCAGCGUCAAAUAAGUGCGAUUUACUCAGUGUAAAUCGCAGAAGCACCUCUAGUGUCUCUUUAAAACUGCUAUAUUUUCAACUGCAGGGUUGAAGUGGCUGAAGUGGUUUGGGUGCCUAUAGUGGUACUUUAAGGAAAGUGUUAAAAGUGUUUGUGCACAAAAGUGAGCAUAAUGGCUGCACAGCAACCUUGGAUAUGCCAAGCUAAAACCAGUCCUACAAAAUAUUUAUUAUAGGAACUCUAUAGCGUUUGGAAUGGAAACCUGUAUUUAAAUGAGCCCUCCAAGCACCAUAACCACUACAGCACUACAUUUUUUUUUUUUUUUUACCUUGCUCUUCUCUACAUCAUCCUGUGAGCUGGAAGUUUUUUCUUAGAGCUUCCAUAAUCUCUCCUGAGCUAAGCCUUUCAAUGCCAGGCUAGCUCUGAUCACUUUCAGCCAAUGAGCUAAGCUCUGCAUCGCUGGGCUGGGCUCAGACCGCUGCUGGCUGAUGUAGUGAAAAGGGGAAGCAGCCCCCCAGUGGACCCUAGCUAAGAAGUAACGUUACUCUGAUUACUUACAGUGGAAAUUGAGGUGCAAGGGCAUUCCUGGAAACACUACCACUACGUCGUGCUGCAGUGGUUUUGGUGCUUGGAGUGUUCCUGUGUGUGAAGUCAGGUACAGAGGCUUACCUGGACCAUAACAUAUUUAGGAAUCGUGUUCUGAUGUUGCUUAGAGUGUCUGUUUAUUUGGCAAAAUAUAUCAAUUUGCUAUCUACACUGGCAAGAUUCUGCUUCCCAGAAUUAAACUGAGCCCUGUUUCUGUAUAUCCCCAAGGAGAUACACAAUGCCUCUCUGUUUGAACAACGUUAAAAAAUUUCCACCAGCUCUAGACUCAAAAGCUUUUUUUUUUUUUUUCAGGUGCAAAAGUCAACUUUAACGCAUUUUAAAAGAACUUUCAAAGUAUAUAAAACUUUUUAUAGGCGUAAUAACAUUUAUUUUUUUCACGAUGAUGCCUACAGUGUUUCAACGUGUAUAACUAUUAUUUGCAGCAGCAGGGACAUAGGAAUGUCGUUCGGAGUAGCUAUUUGUGAAAGAAAGAUGGCAAAAGAGGGAACAUGAUCUAGACUUUGAAGGGGUUGAAGUAUCAGAGGACCAUCGGAGACAUAGAUAGCUAUAAGUACAUCGGAGUACCGCAAAAAUUAGGAGGCAGCAAGGAAAACAGCCAACCUAAGUACUUCCAGAAAGUUAGAUAGGUCCUAAAGCACAGUUCAGUGGCAAGAACAAAAUCCACACCUUCAACCAAAGUCAGUAUACAGACACUGUACACCAGCCUGAAGGGAGGAUGUCGUAGUCCGAGUGUCAAGGCCACUAUCCUGGUCAAAACAGAGCAUCCAUGAGUAUGGUAUAAAAAUGGGAACCAAAGAUGAACUGCUAUGGGAAUGUUUCAAGCAACUCAGACAGAAGUAGGCGGUGGGUGCAGUUAUGGGUGGGUGGGUGCAGGAUCUCCCACCGGCAGAUAGUGGAUGUGUCACAGCUCCUGGCUCGCCGCAUGGCGCGUUUGUGCCCGACUGGCACGACCGCGCUGACAAGCUGAGCUUACCUGCUCAGCGGCCAGCCGGGAACCGCUCCUCCACAUCCUCUGGGCAGUUUGCCCAAAACAAAGAUGGCGCCGACCAUGCGGUCGCGGCCAUCAAUAGAUCCGCCCCACAGGUUUCCUGUACUGGUUCCCGAGAGUGCGUUUAUCCUUGCUGUCAUUGGGAUUUCCGGUAUUUUGACCUUGGCUAUUCCUGACUACGCUGAUUUCUGGUUCCCCUGUCUUGGCUUGUUAAAUGGUAUUUGUGUAUUUCUGGCUUCCUUGACCUCGGCUAUCCCUUGACUAUUCUCUGUCUCUAACGUAUUAGUCCAGCCAUUCUAAGGACCAGUUUACGUUUUAUCCUUUCUAUUUCCUUUCUGUUUUCUAUGUAGAUGUUACAUAGUUCUGCGUGCUGGACCACACUAGCAGUCAUGACAGGAUAUGGCUUAUCUGCCAGUAGUUGGGAAAGUAAAAAAAAAAAAAAUGACCGUGCAGGGUCACUACUCGCAGCGCAGGAGAAGGCACUCGGCAGCAGAGCAAUAGGAACUGGAGGCUAUUGCACUAGACAAGUGUGCAUUUCAGAGUGCAUACUAUGCAAGGCGGCAUCAGAGACAAUCUAGUAUAGAUUAGCCGCUUCUCAAAUGUUAGCAGGGACAACAUACAUUGAAAGGCCCACCAAACUGAAUAUGGACUGGACCUGCCACAAGGAGUACUUGAGAAUAACAGGACUAAGAUUCUGUGGAAUUUCCAGAGCUAGACAGGCAAACCAGUCCUGGCUAACAAGCUAGACUUUGUGGUGGUGGACAAGGAAGAGAAACUUGUCGUGUUUGUGGAUGUGCAAAUACCAUAAAAUCAAAAAGAAAACACAUAAGCAGGUAUAUACCAAGGGCUGAAUGAGGAUGUUGAAAGUGAAGUCAAAGUAGUUGUCCCAAUAGUGAUAGAAGCACUAAGGGCUGUGACUCCCACGUUUGAAAAGUAGCUUUAGCAGACCAAGGGCGGGAAGUCUGAGAUCUCUGUCCUGUACUAGGGACAACUGAAUAUUGGACAAAACUGAGUCCCAGGUCUCUGGUAAAGAAUGAGAAAAAAAAACAAAAAUAUCACUUGGAGGGAUUUUUUUUUUUUUUUUUUAAAUGGGAGAUUUGGUGACCUGCAGUUGCUACACAGGAGCUUAUUCCCAUGAAGCAUCACACUAAGGAGACUAUACAAGUCUCUGUUGAGUAGACUAGAUUGUUGUUUUUAAACCUUUAUAUAGCAAAUAGAAUGUUGUAAAUGUAUAAUUCAAUACAUGGCAAUGGUUGUAUUAUAAAAAAAAAUUACCAUAUUCGUUAAUUUAAGUUUAAGAUUUGCAAGUUCCCUGACAGACUCCUUACAGAAGCCUGGUCCUACCUGGUUGUAGUUAUCAAGCAGGAUGACUAUUAUCCAAUGCCUCACAUAGAAAAGAUGAACUACAGCACAUGCACAGCUUUCGCUCAUGGAGAACAUUGUAAGCACCCAGUGCUACAGCGUAUUUUGCAUACUAACUACAGGUGUAAAAUAUAGUCUGAAGUUUCUAAUAAUUGUCUGACAGCCAUUAGACACGUGGUAAUUAUCAUACGUAAACAGUGCUUUUAGCUGCAAAUUUGGAGGAGUAGCAUAUAUGCUCAUAAAUCACGUAAACCGAGAUGAUUUUGGAACUUAGACUGUCCUUUUAAAAAUGAGCAGGUCCUUUCUGUAAAUUCUUUUGAAACUUUUAUUUUCUUUUGAAUGAUUAUGUCAGCAUUGUAAAGUCAGCAUCAAUGCACAGGCAAGUCGAGAGCAGACUUUGGCAAAAAAAAGAAAUGUAUCCUAGAGGGCAAACUGUGUUCAAGGAUGCUAACAUGAAAGUCGUGUGGGAGACAGUAACUGCUGAUGGGAUUAUGAGAAACUGUAAAUAAAGUGAGGCUGAAAAAUGUAGUGUGUUUUUUUUUUAAUUUAUGCAGGUAGUGGGUGAUGUAAAUGUAUUUUAAGUAUACAUUUCUGCACAAAAUGUUUUUGUUUUCUUUUCCUUUUGAGGGUCUACAAAAACUGCAAAAUAUAUCUGCAGUACUUCUUUAACUCAAAUCCCAGCAGCCUCCACAACAGUGGUAAAUAACCACUUGAUUGAAAAAACAAUACAUCCUUUUGAUUUUUGACAUCACGCUCUACAGUGUCAAGUGCCUUGUAAGGACUACUUGACCACUGCAGCUUUUUAAUACAUCUUGGAUUAACAACUGGCUUUAGACGUCAGAAUCCAUUAAUUGCAAACAGUGUCUCGCAAACUUUAAUCCUGGCCCUUCAUAAAUGGAAUUAUGUAUUCAUUGUUUGCACCACGCUGACACUGUUCAGUGUUGGCUUAAGUUAUCAGUGCUUGUCAUGUUGUGACAAUGCUGUCUGUUUGUGUUCUAGGUUUUGGAUUGUUUAUUGAAAAGCCUGAUUUUAGCUUCAUAACAAAUUUGAAAUGUAUGAUUAUAGCUAAUUUAGUUUGAUUUGUAGUAGCUGAUUUGGGGAAAAUGAACCUGGCUCUUAUAAUACAGUGCACUGCUUCCUUCUCAUUUACAUUCAGUAACACACUCUGAUUUGCCAUUGCCCACAGGAUUCUCAUGAGCAAUGGGAAUUAAUAAGCAAGCCCACUCUACCCCUUACAUUCAAUGGAAUGUCAGCUUUUUCUUUUUAACACUGGCCAUAGUUUGCUCUAACUCAUUGUGGUGCUCAAAUAAUAAUAAUAACUCAUGAAAACAUGGAGGAAAGCCAGCAUUUUGCUAAGAAGCAUAUGUUUUAUAGUGUUGUAAUGUUGCCAUCUUCUGAUAAAAAAUAUUUAUUUCUAAAUGUUGAUUUUACUAAAAUAGAUGUCAUUGUCACAUGUGUUACUCAGUGUGCCCAAGCAACUGUUUAAAAUGUUUCCUUUAUUGAUCUAUCUCAGAAGAUUUUAAUAUGGCAUUGAUUGGACUAGGUGUAGAACUGGCUGGAAAACAGACGAAGUUUCAUCGUCAAUCUAAAUCUUUCAGAGAAUAUUUCUGUUCAUUUCAUCAAAGGAGUGAUGAUGGAAUAGAUGGGAUUUUUCAGUAUGUAAGAUCUGAAAUUUAAUAAGAAAUGCACAUUGUUUUAACUAGUAAAAUUAAAGAUAGCCUUGGGUAAAUAGAUUCAUAUUUUUUCACAUUCUUUGUUUUUGUUAAUAUUUUGGUUUAUUGGAAGAUGCAUUGAACAAGGAGGCAUUCAUGUCCCUGCACAGAUAUAUCUCAAACAAAAUGUUCUGUUCUGAAAAGCUGUGGAAAGAAAGAGGAGUCACCAAUGAAAUAUGCCUAUUACGUCCACUGGUUUCCAUUGUGAUUGCUUUCAGUAUUUUAAACAAUGUUUUGAAUUGCUAAGUGCCCCCAUUGUGUCCAAUUCUAGGGAUGCACCAAACUUUUUGGCCGAAUAUGGGUAAAAUUUGCCUAAAUUAUAAUUUUUUUUAAAUGUUAAAUUUAUAUAUAUAUAUAUAUAUAUAUAUAUAUAUUUCUGUAGUGCAUAGUGUAACAGACAUGCUUGCAUUAACAUUUCAGAUGAUUAUAUAUCACAAUGAAAGAUAGUAAUGAUAACAUGAAAAGUCAAGAAUACUGCACUUGGGACCGAGGGCUGGGGAGAAUACUAUGGGACGGGGAGGGGGGAACACUAUGGGACAGGGAGGUGGAAAGAACACCAUGGACGGGGGUGGGGAGAAGAACACCAUGGGACGGGGUGGGGAGAAGAACACCAUGGGACGGGGUGGGGAGAAGGAAAGAAAGAACACCAUGGGACGGGGGGGGGGGGAGAGAGGGGUGAGGAACAUUAAUGUGGAGGGACUAAGGUACAGGGAAGGGAAAAUUGAAGUUUUUCAUAUUAGAUUCAUUAAAAAGUCUAAUAUUAGAAGAAAAAUAAUUUAAAAUCAUUUGGGGGAAAAAGGUCAUUUUUGGUUUUCGGCCAAAGGCAUCCUGAAUUUUCGGUUUCGGCCCAGAAUUUUCAUUUCGGUGCAUCCCUAGAGCAAACAGAUUUUUUGGAAAGUUUUGCCCGUUUGCCUGGUCUCCCACCGGGCGCCUGGUCUCCUCUGUAGACACGUUUAAGACAUCUUUCUUCUGCAGAGCUUCAGAAGUCUGCUGCUGAUUUUGCCACUCAUCCAUUGGCAGAGAGUGUCAGCUAAUCGCUCUUGGCCAAUGAAUUGUCCUCUGCACAGAAUUCACAUCAGUAUCAAAGCGAAUUAAAUCAGUGUGCCGUGUUUUUAUAGUAAAAUGCUGCACGUACGGACACCAAGCACCAUGACUACUUCAAAUGGUCAUGGUACUUAGAGUAACCCUUUAAUUAUCCAGUUCUUUGACAUUGUCUAUUAAAUAUAAGUUUAGUCUUGGAUUACCACCUGCAGAAAUUAUUUUUAGGUUUCCUGAUGUGUGAAACAUAUGGUUGUGUUGUAUUUAUCCCCUGCUCUGUACCAGACUAUUGUCUGUUUCUGGCUUCAUGCAAACUGUAGAUGCUACUGUAAUUUAUGCUGUAUAAACAAGGUGUUGGUACAGUAAAAGGAACACUGUAACAUUAGUCCGAACAGUACAAUAUCUUGUCUAGGUGUGUGCCAGUCAAUAAAAACCCAUCUACGCGUGAGUACUUGUUAUGGACCUGAGAGAAGUGUGUGUGUAUAGUCUUUUCCCCAGGGAGAAGAACCCUCCAAAUGUCAUAUAAGUUGUGCAUUUCCAAUAACUCAAAGCUUUGCCAGGAACGUUGUGCACAUUGUGGAGUUUAGAUACCUGUGGUAGAGAAAUCUCCACAGAUGAGCGUUAUGCCCUGUUGGAUUGGUGAAAGUUUGGACAACAUUUUGUGGACGAAAUUUCUUUGAUCAGAGUUUGGGGCUUAUAGUUUCCCCGUGGUGUAGACCAUAUCUACCUUCUGUAUCUAAAACAUCUUUGUGUGAUAUGAAGGAGACCUGAUUGCUAUUGAGUAUUGAAAUUCCCUUUGACAUCGAUUUUGCACGGCGUGGAAUUGGAAGGGAUAUUCAUUCAGCCAUAGGAAAGGUGGCCUUUAAAAAUGAGGUUUGCAAUGCCGACGUAGGAGAGUGUGGUAUGUAUGGGCUUGGAAUGGGAAUAGCUCAACUCCCAGGGCCUGGAUGUAGGCCCACAGGUAAUAGGAAGUAAUAAGCAAAAAUACAAAACAAUAGUAGAAAACUUAGCCACAAAUUGGGUACAAUGUGGAAGCGUGGUUCUCUAGGAAGAUCGAUAAAAGAAAACUUCAACAAGCCUGUGGCAAACUCUGUAUUAUUCCCUUCGGUUGCCCGUGCCUAUCUCCAUAUUUCCCAAAUUGAUCUGUACCCCCUUGUUCCUGGACCGAAUGGAGCGUGUGUAGUCUCCCCUUUUAUAUCCUUCGUACACAGAUCACCCCUCGAUCAUUAACUUUAACAAAAAAAAAAAAAAUAGUUCAAGUGCUUUUCCUGUGUGGCCGCCAUUCGUAUAACCGAACACACAUGCUCUAGUGAAUGGCGGCCAUUUUGUUUCCUGAACGUAGGCAGCAGGACAUGGUCGUCUAGUGUCUGGAACUCUGGGCCUGCUACGCGAGCCCGCAAACUCCAGAGAAACUUGUACCGCUGCUCGUUCCUCUCCCAGGCAAGUUAGGAGAACGGUAGGAGCCGCGCGCGCAUUCAGCCAGUUCGUAGGACAUUUACAAUGCUUUCCUAUGGACGCUGGCGUCUACUCACUGUGAUUUUCACAGUGAGAAGCACGCAAGCGCCCCUAGCGGCUGUCAAGAGACAGCCACUAGAGGCUGGAUUAACCAUAUUAUAUAUAUAGUUUCUCUGAAACUGUUAUGUUUAUAAAAAAAAAAAAAAAAAAAAAGGGUUAAUCCUAGAUGGAUCUGGCACCCAGACCACUUCAUUAAGCUGAAGUGGUCUGGGUGCCUAUAGUGGUCCUUUAAGAACGGUCAUGAUGCAAUUGCUUACUACAAACCAGGCAAUGGUGGUGGUUCAUGGAUCUAAACCUAUUAACUAAAGUGAGAAUGCAAAGUGAAUUUCAAGGUCAAAAUAGCUGAAUUUGAAGCAUUCUCUAAGUCAGCUAUGUCUUCAGUUUGGCUACUUUGACCUUAAAUGUUAAGUUUAUUUUAAAUACCCACUUGGUGAAUAAUCCAGUUAGUCUACAAUUUAAUGGAUGAAAAGUAAAGUUGUGAAGUUGAUGAUCUGUUUUGUAAAACUUCUCAUGUAGCCCACAGCAGUAUAAAGGACUGGAAUAGUUAUACAUUCCAAUUUCCCAAGUAUGAAAAGUGAGAUAAAAAAAAAUCAAGUGAUUAGCAUUUCACAAUUCAAAAUUCGCUACAUUAUUUAACUAGUCCAAAAGUUCUCAGCCUGUUACCAUGACAACUGCAUCCGCGGUUUGUCUAAGCUGAAGCAAAUGUAUAAAAUCUAGGUCUCCUAGCGAAGAAAAAUUUGUAUGGUGUUGAGUAAGUGAGGCUGAAUAUUUAAACACACAUCUGUAUACACCAGACAAGGCUUGCUUUCUUCUGAUAAAUUCUGUUUUAUCAUAAAAUAUAAUUGUAUUCUUCUAUUCUGCACAUAGGGGAUUAUUAAGAGGAAAAAAUGCAAUGUUGCCCUCUCUCUUCUGUUAUGGCAGACACAUCAGUAAAAAAAAUCUGUUGAGUGUGCAGCCAUUAAUUACAACUGCAAACAAAUGGCAAUUGUGGGAGUAUGUGUUUGUGCAUCUGUGAACCAUUGUGUCUACUCAGAUAUAUCUUUAGCGUCUUGGAGGGAAUAUUUGUACACAAUAUAAAUAUAUUAUAAACCGUAUAAAGAGAGUUGCCGACCUUCAAUAAACAUUGCAUGGGGGUCUCAUUCUUUAUAAAUGGACGGGUGAGAUUGAUGGGGAUUGGUACUUGUAACAACCUCUUGGUGAUUCUAAUAAAGAGUGAUGGAUACGUUUUUAAGCUUGUUGCAUGAAGAUGAACUUGAUUAGGUCAGUUUUCAAAGAGUAUCUUAAAGGGACACUCUACUGCCCAAGUACAAAAUAAAUAAAAAUCACUCUUUAGUAGAUAUACACCAAAAGAAAACUUGCAUGCAUUUAAUAAUGUAUUUUUUUUUCAUUGGAAAUAUACCUAAAACAGCAUGCAAAAACUGCAGAUCUCUUGUCUGCUGCCUUUGCAAGCUCUCCCCUUCUAACUCCACCCAGACUUUCUGUGGCUGUCCAAUCUCAGACUUUCCAAUACAGCUCAAUGAGAAAUCUUUGUAAGGCAGGUGCUCUGGGCAAUUGCUGCCUCUUGAGGUCAGCUGCAUUGAGCUAACAAAACCAGGAAGUAGCAUCACCUGUUGUCUGCUUAAAGGCCAAGGGGGUGUAACCAGGUUAUUUUAUAAAAGUGUCAAUAUCUAUUGAAAUCUGCAUUUUUUUGCAAAAUGAAAAAAUAGGACACACUCUUUACACAUAAAGCUUUUCAGCAAGCUAAAGCUGUUUAGGGUUCCGGAGUGCCCCUUUAAGAUAUGGAGGUUGGCUGAAUGUCUGACUUCACAUGUUGCAGGAGGGAAGGCUAUAAACCAGAAGCUGUAUGAGAAAAGUCUUAUUAAAAUGUAAACAAAAGUGAAAUACAUUAAUACCAAAUGUGUUAUAUGUGAAGGUGUGUUUGGAGAUGCAGAGUUAGAUUUAUGGAAAAAUUGCUAAAAGUGUUUGUAUGCAUCCUUUGAUAAAGCUUUUUAAAUUGAUCAUGUGCCUAGUGUACUGUGUAUGAUUAUAAAAAACACUGGGUACUUUGGUUCACAUGAAUGUUAAGGUUUUAAGUACUUUUCAAAAUACACCAAUGGGAUCCAUAAUGCUUGCAAAAUGAAAUAUUCAUGUCUGUCUUCUAAUCUCAGAUUGUGCAAUGUUCUCUUUUCUCUGUGUGAAUAGAUUGAUAGAUCACACACACAUACUGUAGAAAUACCCUUUAGUUUCUACUGGCAUUGUUUAACUGACUGACUGACUGACUAUAUUUUGUUACUCAUGCUCCUUGCAGAUGGUUGACCCAACCUUGGCAGAAAUGGGAAAGAACCUUAACGAAGCCAUGAAAAUGUUGGAAGAGAAUCCGAGGUACUGUGUUUCAUGAAAAAUAGAAUGCCCUAUAAAACUAAUGCCAGCUCAAUCAUUCCACGUACGUAAUUUAUACAGUUGGAUACACCUGCAGGAAAAGGACACCGGACAGAUAAGGCAGUUAAACAAAGCUGUAAAACUGCUUUGUGCACUUUGUCAUGUGCUUUGUUUCCUGGUUUCCACUCCUUUGAGCCGACAAACAGGUUUCUCUAAGCCUGCAUGACCUCUCGUAUUAACCUUAAGGGCUUCUUCAUACAGUUGCAAGAAAAAGUAUGUGAACCCUUUGGAAAGAUAUGGAUUUCUGCACAAAUUGGUCAUAAAAUGUGAUCUGAUCAUCAUCUAAGUCACAACAAUAGACAAUGACAGUCUGCUUAAACUAAUAACACACAAAGAAUGAAAUGUUGCCAUGUUUUUAUUGAACACACCAUGUAAACAUUCACAGUGCAGGUGGAAAAAGUAUGUGAACCUUUGGAUUUAAUAACUGGUUGAACCUCCUUUGGCCGCAAUAACUUCAACCAAACGUUUCCUGUAGUUGCAGAUCAGAUGUGCACAACGGUCAGGAGUAAUUCUUGACCGUUCCUCUUUACAGAACUGUUUCAGUUCAGCAAUAUUCUUGGGAUGUCUGGUGUGAAUCGCUUUCUUGAGGUCAUGCCACAGCAUCUUAAUCGGGUUGAGGUCAGGACUCUGAUUGGGCCACUUCAGAAGGCGUAUUUUCUUCUGUUUAAGCCAUUCUGUUGUUGAUUUACUUCUAUGCUUUGGGUCAUUGUCCUGUUGCUACUCAUCUUCUGUUGAGCUUCAGCUGGUAGACAGAUGGCCUUAAGUUCUCCUGCAAAAUGUCUUGAUAAACUUGGGAAUUCAUUUUUCCUUCGAUGAUAGCAAUCCGUCCAGGCCCUGAAGCAGCCCCAAACCAUGAUGCCCCCCACCACCAUACUUCACAGUUGGGAUGAGGUUUUGAUGUUGGUUUGCUGUGCCUUUUUUCGCCACACAUAGUGUUGUGUGUUUCUUCCAAACAACUCAACUUUGGUUUCAUCUGUCCACAGAAUAUUUUGCCAGUACUGCUAUGGAACAUCCAGGUGCUCUUGUGCAAACUGUAAACGUGCAGCAAUGUUUUGUUUGGACAGCAGUGGCUUCCUCUGUGGUAUCCUCCCAUGAAAGGACACUCCUAGGGAGAGUAGCAGCAGUGCUGAACUUUCUACAUUUAUAGACAAUUUGUCUUACCGUGGACUGAUGAACAGCAAGGCUUUUGGAGAUACUUUUAUAACCUUUUCCAGCUUUAUGCAAGUCAACAAUUCUUAAUCGUAGGUCUUCUGAGAGCUCUUUUGUGCGAGGCAUCAUUCACAUCAGGCAAUGCUUCUUGUGAAAAGAAAACCCAGAACUGGUGUGUGUUUUUUAUAGGGCAGGGUAGCUGUAACCAACACCUCCAAUCUCAUCUCAUUGAUUGGACUCCAGUUGGCUGACCAUCUCACUCCAAUUAGCUCUUGGAGAUGUCAUUAGUCUAGGGGUCCACAUACUUUUUCCACCUGCACUGUGAAUGUUUACAUGGUGUGUUCAAUAAAAACAUGGCAACAUUUCAUUAUUUGUGUGUUAUUAGUUUAAGCAGACUGUGAUUGUCUAUUGUUGUUACUUAGAUGAUGAUCAGAUCACAUUUUAUGACCAAUUUGUGCAGAAAUCCAUAUCAUUCCAAAGGGUUCACAUACUUUUUCUUGCAACUGUAUGUUAAAAGGAAAUCAUUUGUCAAAAUCAGUUUCUUCUAAGGUGUUGCAACUAUCUUUAAUUAUUUGUUCCAUUUUAAUAUCCACAUUGUUUUCCAUCUAGCAGUAUUUUCGUGUUUUAAGUGAGCAAAAAGUUAGUAACAAAUAAUUUUCUCAAAUGUUUACUGACCAUUUUGAAGUGUCGGGUUCAACUAAAUUAAAAAAGAAAAAAAAACUGUAACAUUUAGUGGGCAUUUCAAACACUAUGCAGAGGACACCUCCGUGGGUAUAAUUGUAGUUUAAAAAUAAAGGACCACUGGAAGCACCAUUAACCACUUCAACAGAUUGAAGUGGUUAUAGUUCCUGGAGUCUCUAGGUGCUUAGUCCUGCAUCACCACUAAAUGGUUCAGUAAAGAUUUGCUGUCUCCGGCAGCCUGAAGCUCAGCCUCCAAUGAUUAUAUGCCAGAGGCGAAGCUUUGCUUCCACCACGUGCCAUACCAAAGAUUGGGGAUGUCAAUUGAGUGAACAUGCUCAGCUGAUGCUUGCAGUAUAUCACUGCCCACUACCUAGUCCUUGUAUGGCAUGAAGCGGAACAUAGCCCGACCUUUUCCUUAUCGUCAUUGGAGGCUUGCCGGAGCCGAACAUACGUACUAAACAGAGAGUAAACCGUAUUUGGAAAAAAAACUCUUGACUUUGCCAGUUGAUUGCAGUGAUAUGGAAUUUGUUUUAUUUUGCUUUUAUUCAGGUCAGCAGAUGAUGAAGGGGAUAUCAACAAAUACACGAGGAAGGAUAUCCCUGGGCCACUUCAAGGAAGGUGGGUGAUGGCCAGCAUUGUGGCUAGAAAAAUAUUUGCACAUGGCCAAGAGUGAAAUCUGGGACAACCCAAACAUUACAAACGAGGCAGAUACAGUAGGGAAUAAACUUAUUAAACGGUUCUUUAUUCUUUUAAAAAAACUUUUAAAGGUACACUAAAAGCACCGAAACAACUUUAGCUUAAUGAAGCAGUCUUGGUGUAUAGAUCAUGCCGCUAUAGUCUAACUGCUCAAUUCUUGACCAUUUUGGAAUUAAAUCACUUUGUUAAUGUAGCCCGUGUCACGCCUCCCCUGCUUGAGACCUACAGUCUCCCUACACAUUUUCUGUAAAGAGAAAUCCAAUGUUUAAAUUUCCUUCAUUGCACAGAAUUUAUUAUCUCCUUCUUUGUUAGUAGCCAGCAGGAACCUCCCAUGUGCGAUUAAAGUUAAAUUAACAGAGUUGGAUUUCAAAACUUCUAAAGUAAACACAAAGCUGUCACAUCUGAUUAAAAAUUAAAUAAUUUUUUCAUGUUUGCUGUGUGAGUCAUGGCCAGCGAAGAAGCGCUAGGAAUGCGUUCACAGAAGAAAAAGUGAUUUAACUCCUAAGUGGCAGAGAAAUUAGCAAUGAGACAGCUUUGUGAUUUAUACACAAAGACUGCUUCAUUAUAUAGAGGUGUUUUGGUGCUUAGAGUAUCCCUUUAACUCUUUUAUCUCAAGGAUAUCCUUAUUGCGCAUUCAAUCAGUCCUAUGUACAUCCACUGCAUCUUGAUUGUAGCAGCAGCAGUUCAUACAUUUACUGCUUGCAGGUACAGUGUAUUAAGUACUAAUAUGAUGAAGGGAUGAGAGAGCCUCAGUCAGUAGACACAAGGAGAUCAGACUGAGGAACGACUGAUGGUUUUCCUGACCGUUAAUAAUCUUUUCUGCUUUCUAGGGGUGUUCAUAAAUGCUACCUUAGUAGACCGCUUAUCUCACAAGCUCUAGAUGUUAACAUCUCAUGUGCCGCCAUUUCCUAAUAGUGAUCUUUUUUUUUUCCCCCAGUGGUCAGGAUAUGGUAAGCAUCCUACAGCUAGUUCAGAACCUCAUGCAUGAAGAGGAUGAAGAGGAGCCUCAAUCUUACCGGUAGGCUUUCUGAACUGGUUAAUUUAAAAAGACAAUCUGUGAGAAGCACUGCGUUUUUUAUUUUUUUAUUUGAUCUAAAAGUUUGCUUUCUAAACUUGCAGAAGUUUUUAUCUGGAUGAAAGUUGGUGUGUUUUAUCAUUACUCCUAUUUGUAAUCGUUUAAGGUUCUAACAUUUUACUGCUGGACAAACAAAUACACUAUUACACAAUCCUUCUGGUUCUAGAACAAUUUACAGUUUGUUUUAACAUGAAUUCACACAUUUUCCAUGGAAUACAUUCUAUGCACUACACUAGGCAAGCGUAUCACAUCGGAGCUUUUUUCCCCCAUUAAUUAUAAAAUGUCCAGCAAUUUGCAGUUGAAAGUGUGUGCAGUGCAAUUUCUGUAUUGGCAAGAGGAUUAAUUGUUGUUCUGCCUAAGAUAAAUAAUGCUUGUGCCUCAAAGGACAUUGCAUUGUGUACUAAGGGACUGACUACUAUUUACCAGCUGAACAAAAUCUCUAGAAAGUUUGUGACUGUCUAUUAGAGCAAUUCCUUUCAUUGUGUUAUUUUGCAGUCAAUAGAUUCUGUAUAUAUUUUUCAUUAAAGGGACACUAUAGUCACCAGAACAACUACAGCUUAAUGUAGUUGUUCUGGUGAGUAUAAUAGCUCCCUUCAGGCGUUUUUAUGUAAACAAUGCCUUUUAAGAGAAAAGGCAGUGUUUACAUUGCCCCUAGGGACACCUCCAAGUGGCCACUCCUCAGAUAGCCACUAGAGGUGCUUCCUGGCUCAGUGCUAUACAGUAGGCAGCAGUGCCGUUCAGCAUCUCCACGCUCUGCAUGGGGAAUUUCCCUUAUAAAGAUUAAUUGAUUCAAUGCAUCUCUAAGAGGAGGUGCUGAUUGGUCAAAAUGUCAUUUUGCCCCUCCCCCUAGCCGAUUUUAGCCAAUCCAAAGCUUUCCCCAUGGAUUGGCUAAAAAUCGGCAAUCCUGAUGAUGUCACCAAGGGGGCAGGGCCAGUGCCGGCUGACCUGCACGGCGCUGGAAAUAAGGUGAGUUUUUCAUGCUUUUAAGGAGCGUAAGGGGGGGGGGCUAGCCACCUUACUGCAUUUUCAGUGUCAGUUGUUGACCAAGCCAACUCCAGAUCCUUUGAUAAGUCAAAACAGUGCUUUAUGAAUUGAUGGUUUGAAUUGCAUACCAACCAUAUGACAGGUUGGCCAUUUACAAAUGAGAUCCCCCAGAGCACAUCGAAUUAAAAUGGUUAAACCAUGACUUUACAUGAGAUAAUUCUGUUUGUCACUUACAUUGAGCUCCAUAGCUGGUUGUAAUAAGAUGUCUUCUAACAAUUUAUAUUUCUGUGAUUUUAGGCGAAUUCAGAAUGUUGGAGAACAGGGACACAUGGCCCUGCUAGGACACAGCUUAGCUGCUUAUAUCUCUGUACUGGGCAGGGAGCGAUUAAGGAAGCUGACCACCAGAAUUCUGUCUGACACAACACUGUGGCUAUGUAGGCUAUUCAGGUAAAUGUGCAUUACAAAGCCUAACACAUAUCUGUAUUGUUAAGGCACUAGGUAGGAUACAAGGGCCAGACUGCUGCUAAAUCACACACUAUUCCAAGUGAAAAAGAAUUGAGGGGUUUUUUUUUUUACUAAUGCUAUGUUACCUGAACAAAAUCCACUAAUCAGACAAAUACUAAAUAUCUAAUAGCUUGAUCUGUGAACAGAACAUUUGUCAAGUAUUCGACACUAUAAAAUAUAAGUUUAGCUUAAGAUGUACUCCUGGACAUAUUUCCAUGCAAAUAAAAGAUAAAAUAUUUUAUGUGUAUGUAGGUCUAUGUAUGUCUUUGUAUCUUUUUUGUAUAUCCAUAUGUACAUGUACAGCAUCUACAUAACAUAAAGUACUUUAGAAAAAUAGACGGCAACUAUGAAAGCAUUUCAACUACCCUUCCAGCAUUCAGUGCUAAGUAUGUAAAUAAGCAAAAAUCACAUUGUCACCUACAUAUAUCCAAACCCACAUUACUUUAGAUCCAUUUUGCAGUGACCUGCUGUUUUAGACCAAAGAACAAAACAUGUUGUACCAAUGUACAGGCUAGGCUCUCUGUGAACAAAUUAUCAGCCUUAAAAAGCACCAUUGCACCUUUCUGGGACUAUUCAAUGUAGUGUUUGUCUUUGGUUCUUUGAAACUUUGAGAUCAAAAAGUGAUAAAAGAAUCUUGCAGUUGAUUUAAGUGACUUCUCAAGAAUACGUUUACUUAUCAUAGUGCAGGAAUUGAUUCUCUUUUCAAAUAAAUACUUAUAUCUUCAGUAAUGCAUUACAUAUCAAGGUAAACAUUGGCAAGAAUAUCAGUAGAGUGCAUAAUCCAUAAAUAUGACGGUAUGGAUAGUUUUAUACGGAAAUAUUUUUUUUUUUUAAAGAUACGAAAAUGGUUCGGCUUAUUAUCACGAGGAUGAUCGCGAAGGUCUUCUUAAGGUGUGCAGGCUUGUUAUACAUUCCCGCUACGAAGAUUACACAACGGAAGGAUUCAGUGUUUUAUGUAACAGACAGCCUGUUAUUUACAUUAGUGCUGCUUCAAGGCCAGGACUCGGCCAGUCUCUUUGUAAUCAGGUAAUUUGGAACCAUUAACCCCAGUUUUCUAGUUAUGAUUUUUUAUGCGACUGUUAGAAGAAAUCUUCUAACACCAAACUGAUAUUCAAAUAGUUAAAGGACCACUAUAGUCACCCAGACCACUUCAGCUCAAUAAAGUGGUCUGGGUGCCAGGUCCCCCAGGUUUUAACCCUUCAGAUGUAAACAUAGCAGUUUCAGAGAAACUGCUAUGUUUACAUUGCAGGGUUAAUCCAGCCUCUAGUGGCUGUCUUCCUGACAGCCGCUAGAUGCGCUUCUGCGACGCUGAAUGCGUAAAUCGCAUUCAGUGUGCAGAACAUAUAUAGGAAAGCAUUGAGAAAUUGAGAAAUGCUUUCCUAUGGGCUUUUUUAAUGCGCGCGCAGCUCUGGCUGCUGACGUCGGAGUGGGAGGGGGGGGAACCUAAGGGUUAUAUAGUGUCAGGAAAACAAUUUGUUUUCCUGACACUAUAGUGAUCCUUUAAGAAAUAGACCUGUGUUAUAAUUGUAUGUAAGAACACACUUAUUAUUAAAGGCAAAUUGUCACUUGCUAGUAUUACACAGUUGUAAUUGAAAAAUAAUAAUAAUACUAAAAUCUAAGAAUAACACAGAGAUCUGAAUAUAUAUAUAAGUUAGACUCUGAUUGUAAUAGGGAUGAAACCCAGAAAUAUAGUAAUAUAUACAAAAUAAACUCUGAUUGGGUGAUAAUAUAUAAACCUAUUCCUAGCGCACGUCUGCGCAAGAGGAAUAAAAAAAGAAAAGAAAUGGGGGUGAGGGGGGUGGAGAGGAAGGUAAAAGAAUUCCAAUUACAGAAAGUGGAAAAGAUAGAAAAAUAAAUAAGGUAGCGUGUUAGAAUGCUCCUGCAUACAGAAUCCUAGUACGUGUGGCUAGAUAUAUGUGAUCACACCUCUAUGGGGCUGUGAACACACCCAUAGAGGUGUGAUCACAUAUAUCUAGCCACACGUACUAGGAUUCUGUAUGCAGGAGCAUUCUAACACGCUACCUUAUUUAUUUUUCUAUCUUUUCCACUUUCUGUAAUUGGAAUUCUUUUACCUUCCUCUCCACCCCCCCAUUUCUUUUCUUUUUUUAUUCCUCUUGCGCAGACGUGCGCUAGGAAUAGGUUUAUAUAUUAUCACCCAAUCAGAGUUUAUUUUGUAUAUAUUACUAUAUUUCUGGGUUUCAUUCCUAUUACAAUCAGAGUCUAACUUAUAUAUAUAUUCAGAUCUCUGUGUUAUUCUUAGAUUUUAGUAUUAUUAUUAUUUUUCAAUUAUUUUCAAUAAAUUUGCUUUUUUAUUUUUUGGACCUUGUGGUCCCUUUUAGAUGAGCCUGUAUUCCACACAUUUAGUGUAAUAGUUUCAGGCCUCGACUAGUCCUCCUUGAAGGUACACACUUCGUUUGUUUUGUAUUCAUUUCUACUAGGGGUUAUCCCCCUUUCACUGUGUACCUUGGCUGUCUUCCAAAAACGUUUCCCCUACACAGUUGUAUUCCUAACACUAAACGUGUUCCUAUGCACCGCUCCUGCCCCCUCUUCCCUCCCACUGACAAAGCGUUAAAACCCCCCCAAAAUUGAAUUAAUGGAAAGGAACAAUCAUGUAGAUCCGAUCAAUAUCUCUUCCCACUUUAUAGUACAAGACAGUAAUGCAAAUAUGAUGCAAAGAACUUAAUGUAUUGUGUUAUUUAAUAAUACGGUAUGUCUUGCAGCUCGGACUUCCUCUCUCCUGCCUCUGCCGUGUGCCUUGUAAUACCAUGUUUGGAUCCCAGCAUCAGAUGGUAAUCAACUGUUAACAGAAUGCUCGUACCUAUUUGCAUAUUUCAUUAAAAUAUCUUUGUUUACCUGUACAUAAGUUGAAUGAAGGGUGAAAAUUCAAUAUAAGAUAGUCUAUUUAAAGAUAAAAAGGAGUCCCCUUAAAGGGUGGCAGUAAAUAGGUGUUAGGAAGGAUAUAAUAAACAUCAUGAAUAUAAUGUCAACUUUAUUGUUAGUUAUGUUUUGUGUGUGUAAGUGUGUAAUAUUAGCUCAGUAGAAGAGAGAAAAGUGAACGCUAUUCUAUCUUAUGCAUCUGAUACUUCCUUUCUGUACUGAAAGGUUGGAAAUAUUUUCUGCGGAGAACAUGAAUAAUGUUUAAUAAGGAGCUAGAGCUAUAAGUAUUGAAAUACUUUUUGAAUGUCUUCCUGUAUUUAUCUUUGUAUGUAUUUUAUUGUCUAUGUAAUAUUUUAUAUGUAUGUAUAAUACAUGUUAAAAAAGGAAAAAAAUCCAAAAAAAAAAGACAGGUUUUAGUACUAAUAAUAAAACAAAAAGUUCUGUGUGAUGGUUCUAUUAUUACGUUUUUUGGGGGAUAACAUUAAUAAAAAAAAAAAAGAAAAAAAAAAAGUUGCAUGAAGGUUAGCUUUAGGGCGCAAGAGGGUUAGUACAAAAAUGGACAAAAUUACUUUGUGAUUUAGCUAUGCUGCUGAGCAGCCAUUUUAAUUUGCUGUAAAGUUUGCGAGAAGUUUUAAUCUUUAUAUUUGGAUAUAAAACAAACGGUUGAAUAUUUUACUGAAACUGCCAUCUUGAUUUCAGGAUGUGGCAUUGCUGGAUCGACUUCUAAAAGAUGACCUUCAGUCUGGAAAAUGUCCUCUUCUGUUGGUGGCCAAUGCUGGUAUGUUACUUUGAUUGGCAUACUUCUUUGUUGUACAUAGCUCCAUUUAUUUGCAAAUGAUGUCAUCUUUGUUAGAAACAAUAUAGCUUGUGCUUAAUAAGCUCCUUCGUGGUAUUUUAUUAGGGAACCAUUACUGCUAAUGUGUGCAUGUGUGGUCAUGUCCACAAAUUCCCCAAGAAAAAAAAAAAAAACAUGAAUAGGGCUAUCACUUACUGAUGUCAACUCUUGUUUUUCCUGAGUGAUACUAAUAAUUGGAUUCUCUCUUUGCUAUGUUUUAUUUUUUCCUGCCUUCCCUGACAUUGAAUCUAUUUUGUUAGAGGCUGUAGAGAGCAUGCUUAAAGAAACAUUUCAAGCACCAUAGCAACUGCAGUGAUUGUCCUCCUCCCCCUUCUUAGUAGUAGAAGUAGUAAAAAACAUUUUAGAAUUGUUUGGCUUCUUACAUGGGGGCCACCAUCUCUUUAGUUGAGCUAAACCUGUCUGUGUAGUGCCUAUAUCAUUGACUGAGAGCAAUCACUCGACACCCUUAGCCACUGAGCACUGCAGAGCUUAGUUAUGGAGAGCUAACGGAAGCUCCUGAUGUAGUGCAGGUGGGAAGCGGAGCAAGGCAAACCCCAGAUAAGAACUUGCAAUGGAGGUGCCAGGGCACUCCUGUAGUGGUUACGGUGCUUGGAGUGUUCCUUUAAUUACAUUCAUUGAUCUGCAAAUACAUGGUUUCUUCCCUACAGAGAUAACUGGAAACCAUGAAUGCAUGUAAAAUAGAUUCACAGUCCUCUUAAAUUAAAUAGAUGACCUCAGUAUUCUUCUUUUUAUGAAUAUCUACCAUUUAUUUAUAUGGUGAAAAUGUAUGUUUUUCCUGUGUGGCAGGAGAAGCAUUGCACAUUUGUGUGCGUUAAGGUCACAAGCGCAAUGCUUCUCCUUUUUGUUUCUAUUUUAAAACAGUCUGGCUGAGAAAUCUGUCACUUCCUGGUUAAAGCAAGCAUCGCCAGCAACAAAGGAAAAGCAGACAUUUUUUAAAACCUCAGUACAUUGAUGCUAAAUGAUAUAUUUAAUAUAACACAGGAUUAUUAAGUAAACUGAGAGAAUUCACAGUUAAUUGCAAAUUGAAGGCCAGAAUAGCCAAACUGGAAAAAUUCUGUAAAUCAACUAAGUUUCCAGUUCUGCAGUUUUGGCCUUUGUAUCAGAAAAUCACCUUCUGAUCUUACUUUGGUGAAUAGCCCUAUUAGUGUUCAUGUAGUCAUCCAUCUGCUAGACAGAAACUCCAUAAUUUCCAGGGAUGAUCGUAGUCAUAGUCCUCAGCUAGCAAGCUGUAGGUUUAACAAAUAUACACUAAUGAUUUAUUUAUUUUUAAAUAAAACCAAACAAAACCGAAACUGCUAUUGUGAAUCACAAGACAUGCAGUGUAGUUAAACAUUUCUCCUAUGUGGUGUAUUUCGAAAAUUGGGCAGACUAGAUGGGCCAAAUGGUUCUUAUCUGCCGUCACAUUCCAUGUUUCUAUGUGUAUUACACCACACUAUAGAGCACUUUACAGGUACCUUGAAAACAGGACUGUGGAAGGAAUGCUCAGCAGCUGCUGCCUCCCAUUGAUUGGUCCAAAUCUUAAUCAUUAUGUGCUGUGGAGGGAAGGGUGUUUCAUCACUUGUCUCUCCAGUAAUAUCUUUUUUAGGCAUUUAUUGGGAUAUUUAUUUAUUAUUAUUUGCAAAUACUAAUCUUUUCUCCAGUUUGUGAAUGUAUUUAUUAAGGUAAUUUUUGUGUUUUAUUUUCUUUAAGGUACACCAGGUGCAGGACACACAGACAAGCUAGCAAGACUGAAAGAGCUUUGUAAUCAGUACAAUAUAUGGCUGCACGUGGAAGGGUAUGAUGUUUGAUGCUUGUACAGUUGUUGUUUUUUUAAGAAAUACUAAACGGACGCUCGAGUUGGAAAUCUAGUUCCUGUUUCCUUUUUUAGCCUAUUUUAUCUAUUUAAUAACAUGACUUGGAAUGUUACCAUUUAAAACAUUGCAGGACAAACGAUACUGGGAACAUGUCACUGUAUUGUGUGCGCGGGAUGACCAUGUGACCUUUCACCAACAAAAAAAAAGUAUAGAUAAAAUAACAUGGGUGUUCUCAGCACAUAAUAUUAGAGUAAUAACUAUAAUUUAAAACUUUUCUUAAUUUAAAAAAAAAUACAUUAACAUUUUUGUAUUAUAACAAAGAGAUGUUUUGUAUUUUGUUUUUCUUAAACUAUUACACGCUAAUCCAAACUGUUACAAAAGUGUCCAUGAAGACCUAAACAUGGGACAGUUGAACUUUGCAUUUAGGUGUGCAUGGUCCCUUGUUUUAAGCCUGUGGCUAAAAACUGACUGCUGUAUUAAUUUCAUUUCUCUACAAGUUAACAUGCAUAAGGGCUGUAUUUAUUGUGCGUGGGAUGUCUGUGGUGUUAGGAGUGUAUGUAGUUGUAUAGUGUAUAUGUGUAGAGCAGUUUGCGAUUUGGCAUAUGUGUGGAAUGUUUGUGGAGUUAUUUGUUGUUUUGAGCGAGUGAUUACGAGCUGCCUGCUGUUGUGUAUGUGUGUACGAAGUUUGUGGUAUUUAUCUGUGUGGGACUAUCUAUGAUAUUGUUUAUCUAUGUGGACUGUUUGUGUUAUUGUGUGUGGUGAAUGCUGUCGUUGGUGUUUGGGUGUAUUUGAACUGCUUGUAGUAUUGUGUGUGUGUGGGCUGCGUACAAUGUUAAAUGUGUGUAGGUUGCUUGUAGUACUUGUAUGUGUAAUGUGGGCUGUCUGUGGAAUUGUGGGGGGGAGUUGGGGUUGCCUUCAAUGCAAGUUUUUGUGUGUGUGGCUGCCUGUAUUGUUGUGUGGGGACUGUGUGUAUAAGUUUUUAUAAAGGCUUUGUUAUGCCCCUUUCAUUCUUGCAUACUUGUUGCCAGUGAGGGAAUCAUGAAUCCUUAUUUCCUGAUGGUCUGAUAGUUGCAGAUCAUGGUCUGCACCUUUUAUUCCACUCUUUCUCCACUCCAGCACCUUUCCAGAGAGAGAGAACAUUUUCAUGGUAGACUUCAACAACGUUUUGACUCUCCAAGGAGAUUGGAGGGGGUGUCUGCACUUGUUGGGGGUGCAUACCAUAGGCACUCUUACACUCACAGAGAAAAGCCCUCCAGACCAGCUGGGGAAAUCCUCUGAUCUCCCCAGUUGGCCUAUUUGAGUCUGGCAGCCUUUCAUGCUACGAGAAGGCACCCCAUGUGCCAUAGUUUGCCGACCCCUAAUCUAUUAUAUUGCCUACUAGUUGUAUUAAAUACUACGACAGAUGCAAAUAUGGAUAGAUAUGAAGGACCUAAAUUCAAAUUUUUGUCAUUUGUGCUAGAUUAAAGAGGGGGAUUUGCUAAAUGCUUGACUAUAAUUUAUGCAACAAACAGCAAAUUUGUCUUCUGGACAGCCACAAGAAGCACUUCCUCCUCCUCUCGAACCCAGUGAAACUCUUGGAAUCAAAUGCUACUCCUUUGGCAGUUUGGCCUUGCAUGUCUAGUUCCAAUCCAUUGCUUCUCCUUGACAAGCAGUGGAUUGGAGGAGAUUGCGGAUAAUGUAGAUAUGAAAAUUCUGUGUACGUUGAAGCUCACAGGCCUCGAUUUACAAUGUAUGUAUAUAUGUGGGCUUAUAUAUGUUAGCCUUCUCAAAAGCCUGUUAAAGUGGAAUCAUUUUCUGAAUCUUGUACUCAUUCUAUUGCUCCAUGUUUUUACAUUUCUGGAGAGUUUUUAUCAAAACCAAUAAAAGUAUAAUUUUUGUAAAAACAAGUAAUUUAAGUAAUUUAAACUGCUUAUAGUCUCCCAGGUUACCCGAACUCUUGAAACUUCUAAGUAAUUGGUAGAAAGAGCAAAAUUGCAUCUACUCAUUAAAUAUUAAUCUGUUGAUUAGAACUUGUUUGAUGAAAACUGCUGAUUUUAUUUCUUUGUUUCUCCUCAGAGUAAAUUUGGCAACCUUGGCUUUAGGAUAUGUUAAUUCUUCAGUUCUGGUGAGUUUCCAACUUUUAUUUCAUACUUGCUUUAAUUUUCUUUUCCUGAUCAUUAUAUAUGGCAGCAUUUACUCAUGGGUUAGCUCCUCCCCUCACAGCAGAAAGGACAGGAAAUAGAACUCUGAAACUGGUAUAAAUAGAUCCUCCCCUUCCCAUCAGGCAGUCUUUGUAACUAGCUUCACAACUCUGAAAGAAUAUCAGGAUCAACCAUAGAAAUUGUGGCAACUAACUAACAUAUAGUGGAAACCUAUAUUGAGGCAGUUUCUUUACAGUAACUCAUACAUUUAACAUAUAGUGGAAACAUAUACCGAGGCACUUUCUUCACAGUAACUCAUACAUGUAACAUAUAGUGGAAACAUAUAGGGAGGCAGUUUCUUUCCACUAUAUGCUAUAUGUAUGAGUUACUGUGAAGAAACUGCCUCACUAUAUGUUUCCACUAUAUGUUAUAUGUAUGAGUUACUGUAAAGAAACUGCCUCAGUAUAUGUUUCCACUAUAUAUGUACGAGUUACUGUAAUGAAACUGCCUCAGUAUAUGUUUCCACUAUAUGUUAUAUGUAUAAGUUACUGUGAAGAUACCGCCUCAGUGUAUGUUCCCACUAUAUGCUAUAUGUAUGAGUUACUGUAAUGAAACUGCCUCAGUGUAUGUUCCCACUAUAUGUUAUAUGUAUAAGUUACUGUGAAGAUACCGCCUCAGUGUAUGUUCCCACUAUAUGCUAUAUGUAUGAGUUACUGUAAAGAAACUGCCUCACUAUAUGUUUCCACUAUAUGUUAUAUGUAUGAGUUACCGUAAAGAAACUGCCUCAGUAUGUUUCCACUAUAUGUUAUAUGUAUGAGUUACUGUGAAGAAACUGCUUCAGUAUAUGUUUCCACUAUAUGUUAUAUGUAUGAGUUACUGUGAAGAUACCGCCUCAGUGUAUGUUCCCACUAUGUUAUAUGUAUGAGUUACUGUGAAAAAACUGCCUCAGUGUAUGUUCCCACUAUAUGUUUUAUGUAUGAGUUACUGUAAUGAAACUGCCUCAGUAUAUGUUCCCACUAUAUGUUAUAUGUAUGAGUUACCGUAAAGAAACUGCCUCACUAUAUGUUCCCACUAUGUUAUAUGUAUGAGUUACUGUGAAGAUACCGCCUCAGUAUAUGUUUCCACUAUAUGUUAUAUGUAUGAGUUACUGUAAUGAAACUGCCUCAGUAUAUGUUUCCACUAUAUGUUAUAUCUAUGAGUUACUGUGAAAAAACUGCCUCAGUGUAUGUUCCCACUAUAUGUUAUAUGUAUGAGUUACUGUGAAGAAACUGCUUCAGUAUAUGUUUCCACUAUAUGUUAUAUGUAUGAGUUACUGUGAAGAUACCGCCUCAGUGUAUGUUCCCACUAUGUUAUAUGUAUGAGUUACUGUGAAAAAACUGCCUCAGUAUAUGUUCCCACUAUAUGUUAUAUGUAUGAGUUACCGUAAAGAAACUGCCUCACUAUAUGUUCCCACUAUGUUAUAUGUAUGAGUUACUGUGAAGAUACCGCCUCAGUAUAUGUUUCCACUAUAUGUUAUAUGUAUGAGUUACCGUAAAGAAACUGCCUCACUAUAUGUUUCCACUAUAUGUUAUAUGUACGAGUUACUGUAAAGAAACUGCCUCAGUAUAUGUUUCCACUAUAUGUUAUAUGUAUGAGUUACUGUGAAGAUACCGCCUCACUAUAUGUUCCCACUAUAUGCUAUAUGUAUGAGUUACUGUGAAGAUACUGCCUCACUAUAUGUUUCCACUAUAUGCUAUAUAUAUGAGUUACUGUAAUGAAACUGCCUCAGUAUAUGUUCCCACUAUGUUAUAUGUAUGAGUUACUGUGAAGAUACCGCCUCGGUAUAUGUUUCCACUAUAUGUUAUAUGUAUGAGUUACUGUAAUGAAACUGCCUCACUAUAUGUUUCCACUAUAUGUUAUAUGUAUGAGUUACUGUGAAGAUACUGCCUCAGUAUAUGUUCCCACUAUAUGUUAUAUGUAUGAGUUACCGUAAAGAAACUGCCUCAGUGUAUGUUUCCACUAUAUGUUAUAUGUAUGAGUUACUGUAAAGAAACUGCCUCAGUGUAUGUUUCCACUAUAUGUUAUAUGUACGAGUUACUGUAAAGAAACUGCCUCACUAUAUGUUUCCACUAUAUGUUAUAUGUAUGAGUUACUGUAAAGAUACUGCCUCACUAUAUGUUUCCACUAUAUGUUAUAUGUAUGAGUUACUGUAAAGAAACUGCCUCAGUAUAUGUUCCCACUAUAUGUUAUAUGUAUGAGUUACUGUGAAGAUACUGCCUCAGUAUAUGUUCCCACUAUAUGUUAUAUGUAUGAGUUACUGUGAAGAAACUGCCUCAGUGUAUGUUCCCACUAUAUGUUAUAUGUAUGAGUUACUGUAAAGAAACUGCCUCAGUGUAUGUUCCCACUAUAUGUUAUAUGUAUGAGUUACUGUGAAGAAACUGCCUCAGUAUAUGUUCCCACUAUAUGUUAUAUGUAUGAGUUACUGUAAAGAAACUGCCUCAGUGUAUGUUUCCACUAUAUGUUAUAUGUACGAGUUACUGUUAAGAAACUGCCUCAGUAUAUGUUUCCACUAUAUGUUAUAUGUAUGAGUUACUGUAAUGAAACUGCCUCAGUAUAUGUUUCCACUAUAUGCUAUAUGUAUGAGUUACUGUGAAGAUACCGCCUCACUAUAUGUUUCCACUAUAUGCUAUAUGUAUGAGUUACUGUAAUGAAACUGCCUCAGUAUAUGUUCCCACUAUGUUAUAUGUAUGAGUUACUGUAAUGAAACUGCCUCACUAUAUGUUUCCACUAUAUGUUAUAUGUAUGAGUUACCGUAAAGAAACUGUCUCAGUGUAUGUUCCCACUAUAUGUUAUAUGUAUGAGUUACUGUGAAGAAACUGCCUCAGUGUAUGUUCCCACUAUAUGUUAUAUGUAUGAGUUACUGUGAAGAUACUGCCUCAGUAUAUGUUCCCACUAUAUGUUAUAUGUAUGAGUUACCGUAAAGAAACUGCCUCAGUGUAUGUUUCCACUAUAUGUUAUAUGUAUGAGUUACUGUAAAGAAACUGCCUCAGUGUAUGUUUCCACUAUAUGUUAUAUGUACGAGUUACUGUAAAGAAACUGCCUCACUAUAUGUUUCCACUAUAUGUUAUAUGUAUGAGUUACUGUAAAGAAACUGCCUCACUAUAUGUUUCCACUAUAUGUUAUAUGUAUGAGUUACUGUAAAGAAACUGCCUCAGUAUAUGUUCCCACUAUAUGUUAUAUGUAUGAGUUACUGUGAAGAUACUGCCUCAGUAUAUGUUCCCACUAUAUGUUAUAUGUAUGAGUUACUGUGAAGAAACUGCCUCAGUAUAUGUUCCCACUAUAUGUUAUAUGUAUGAGUUACUGUGAAGAUACUGCCUCAGUAUAUGUUCCCACUAUAUGUUAUAUGUAUGAGUUACUGUGAAGAAACUGCCUCAGUAUAUGUUCCCACUAUAUGUUAUAUGUAUGAGUUACUGUAAAGAAACUGCCUCAGUAUAUGUUCCCACUAUAUGUUAUAUGUACGAGUUACUGUUAAGAAACUGCCUCAGUAUAUGUUUCCACUACAUGUUAUAUGUAUGAGUUACUGUGAAGAUACCGCCUCACUAUAUGUUUCCACUAUAUGUUAUAUGUAUGAGUUACUGUAAUGAAACUGCCUCAGUGUAUGUUCCCACUAUAUGUUAUAUGUAUGAGUUACUGUAAAGAAACUGCCUCAGUAUAUGUUUCCACUAUAUGUUAUAUGUACGAGUUACUGUGAAGAUACCGCCUCACUAUAUGUUUCCACUACAUGUUAUAUGUAUGAGUUACUGUGAAGAUACCGCCUCACUAUAUGUUUCCACUAUAUGCUAUAUGUAUGAGUUACUGUAAAGAAACUGCCUCACUAUAUGUUUCCACUAUAUGCUAUAUGUAUGAGUUACUGUGAAGAUACCGCCUCACUAUAUGUUUCCACUAUAUGUUAUAUGUAUGAGUUACUGUAAUGAAACUGCCUCAGUGUAUGUUCCCACUAUAUGCUAUAUGUAUGAGUUACUGUGAAGAUACCGCCUCAGUAUAUGUUUCCACUAUAUGUUAUAUGUAUGAGUUACUGUGAAGAUACCGCCUCGGUAUAUGUUUCCACUAUAUGUUAUAUGUAUGAGUUACUGUAAUGAAACUGCCUCACUAUAUGUUUCCACUAUAUGUUAUAUGUAUGAGUUACUGUGAAGAAACUGCCUCAGUGUAUGUUCCCACUAUAUGUUAUAUGUAUGAGUUACUGUAAAGAAACUGCCUCAGUAUAUGUUCCCACUAUAUGCUAUAUGUAUGAGUUACCGUAAAGAAACUGCCUCAGUGUAUGUUCUCACUAUAUGUUAUAUGUACGAGUUACUGUAAAGAUACCGCCUCAGUGUAUGUUCCCACUAUAUGUUAUAUGUAUGAGUUACUGUAAAGAAACUGCCUCAGUAUAUGUUCCCACUAUAUGUUAUAUGUAUGAGUUACUGUAAAGAAACUGCCUCAGUGUAUGUUCCCACUAUAUGUUAUAUGUAUGAGUUACUGUGAAGAAACUUCCUCAGUAUAUGUUCCCACUAUAUGUUAUAUGUAUGAGUUACUGUGAAGAAAGUGCCUUGGUAUAUGUUCCCACUAUAUGUUAUAUGUAUGAGUUACUGUGAAGAAACUGCCUCAGUAUAUGUUCCCACUAUAUGUUAUAUGUAUGAGUUACUGUGAAGAAACUGCCUCAGUAUAUGUUCCCACUAUAUGUUAUAUGUAUGAGUUACUGUAAAGAAACUGCCUCAGUAUAUGUUCCCACUAUAUGUUAUAUGUACGAGUUACUGUUAAGAAACUGCCUCAGUAUAUGUUUCCACUAUAUGUUAUAUGUAUGAGUUACUGUGAAGAUACCGCCUCACUAUAUGUUUCCACUACAUGUUAUAUGUAUGAGUUACUGUGAAGAUACCGCCUCACUAUAUGUUUCCACUAUAUGUUAUAUGUAUGAGUUACUGUAAUGAAACUGCCUCAGUGUAUGUUCCCACUAUAUGUUAUAUGUAUGAGUUACUGUAAAGAAACUGCCUCAGUAUAUGUUUCCACUAUAUGUUAUAUGUACGAGUUACUGUGAAGAUACCGCCUCACUAUAUGUUUCCACUACAUGUUAUAUGUAUGAGUUACUGUGAAGAUACCGCCUCACUAUAUGUUUCCACUAUAUGCUAUAUGUAUGAGUUACUGUAAAGAAACUGCCUCACUAUAUGUUUCCACUAUAUGCUAUAUGUAUGAGUUACUGUGAAGAUACCGCCUCACUAUAUGUUUCCACUAUAUGUUAUAUGUAUGAGUUACUGUAAUGAAACUGCCUCAGUGUAUGUUCCCACUAUAUGCUAUAUGUAUGAGUUACUGUGAAGAUACCGCCUCAGUAUAUGUUUCCACUAUAUGUUAUAUGUAUGAGUUACUGUGAAGAUACCGCCUCGGUAUAUGUUUCCACUAUAUGUUAUAUGUAUGAGUUACUGUAAUGAAACUGCCUCACUAUAUGUUUCCACUAUAUGUUAUAUGUAUGAGUUACUGUGAAGAAACUGCCUCAGUGUAUGUUCCCACUAUAUGUUAUAUGUAUGAGUUACUGUAAAGAAACUGCCUCAGUAUAUGUUCCCACUAUAUGCUAUAUGUAUGAGUUACCGUAAAGAAACUGCCUCAGUGUAUGUUCUCACUAUAUGUUAUAUGUACGAGUUACUGUAAAGAUACCGCCUCAGUGUAUGUUCCCACUAUAUGCUAUAUGUAUGAGUUACCGUAAAGAAACUGCCUCAGUAUAUGUUUCCACUAUGUUAUAUGUAUGAGUUACUGUGAAGAAACUGCCUCAGUGUAUGUUCCCACUAUAUGUUAUAUGUACGAGUUACUGUAAAGAUACCGCCUCAGUGUAUGUUUCCACUAUAUGUUAUAUGUAUGAGUUACUGUAAAGAUACCGCCUCGGUAUAUGUUUCCACUACAUGUUAUAUGUAUGAGUUACUGUGAAGAAACUGCCUCACUGUAUGUUUCCACUAUAUGCUAUAUGUAUGAGUUACUGAUGCAGUUUCUUCACAGUAACUUGGGCAUAUAAUGGACACAAGUACAUAGACUGUCUUCACACCAGCUCGCUUACAGAGAGGCUAACUUGGUCUCAUAUGCUGAUUUAGAUAAGCAAGAAGAUACAAACAAUAUAUUAUCUUGCACUCUCUGAAAGAAGUUUGCUUAUCUACUGAACUGCACAGGUAACUGCAAUCAAUUCCACAUGCCGUGUUAGGAAGUAUCUGCAUGGACGUUUAAACAAAUAUACAAAUGUGUUCAAUAAGUCACCUCGGAAAGCCUUCUCUUACUGUAUGUAUUGGCUUAUUCUCUGUUAUCAGGACUGUGGUAUUCAGACAGACUUUAUAUAGCCAGGGUAUCCAUUAGCAGCAUUAUUUUGUAAAAUGCAUCAUUAAAUAUAUAAACUUACAUUAAUGCUCACCACAAACCUCCUAAAUGUGACCUAUUUGUUAGAAUGUAAGCAACUUGGAGGAACUGAAUGAAUAGAAACCCAGGUACUUAUAGCCUUUAAUCUAAAUUACUAAUGUACUUAUCUGACAUGGAAAAGCAUACUAAACCGAGUUCUAUUUCCUGUCCUUUCUAAUGGGAAGAGCUAACCCUUAAAUAAGUAAUAUGUAAAUGCUGCCCUGUUUGCUCAUGAAAUAGGUAUAUGUAUGUAACCAUAUAUGUUUGUGUGUGUGUGUGUAUGCAUGUGUAUAUAGGUAUAUUACUUAGCAAGUCCUUAUAUUAUUGAUUCAUAGCAUUAAGAGUUGCUUUGCAGUAGGCUCAGUGUUUUUAUUGCUUGUAUAGCUGUGUUAUCUCAAGGUGUGCGAUUUACUGCAAACAACGUGUCCAGGAAAUGCAUGUUUUAGAAUAUAUUAGUUCUAUUUUUUUAAUUUUUUUAUUUCAAGCGUAACACUGUUGGGUUUUGAUUUGGGACAUGGGUGAUGGCUAAUAGGUUAUAAUAUUACCGAAAUUUUUCCUAUUUUAUAUCACAAAGUGUCUUUAAAAAUCUGACUAGCACAAAGUAUAGAUCAAAACAUUUGUUUUAAAAGAGCUCUGACAUUUUCAGUGUUGCCCUAUUUCACCAAGUAUAAAGAAGGUUGAUGUUAGCACACUUACUAUUCCUCCUUUUGAACUAAAUGUACUGCAUGCGAGCAGUGUCCACAUUAAAUCAUUAGUACAAUAAACAGAACUGAUCAUUUGUUUGAGUAAUCUCUUUCGCAAUCAUAAAAGCUACAAAUAUACACUAUAUGAUGUUCCAUUAUUACAUGAUUCCACUCUAAGAGUACUCUAAGAAUUCUGUACAGUAUACAAUGUAUUUUGUAUUCCUUUUCAUGCAUUCAAAUUCUGUUUGUGUACCAGGCGGCAACAAAGUGUGACAGUAUGACUCUGACUCUUGGGCCAUGGUUAGGACUCCCUGCAGUCCCUGCUGUGACUUUGUACCGACAUGAAGAUCCAUCCCUGGUAAGUUUUUUGCACUAUAUGUUUCAGACACAAUUUAAUAACAUAGAAAGUCUCUCUCAAUUUAAGAUGUGCCAUUCAAAUGCCCUCCUCUAUUUUAUUUAUUUAUAUAUAUAUAUAUAUCAGCGUUGUAUCCUGGUUUUGUUCUGCCCUAGGUAUGACCAAACUCGGGCGCCCCCGCCAACCCCGCCUUCUAAAUACACACACAUACACACUCACUAACAGACAUACACACUCACUAACAGACAUACACACUCACUAACAGACACACACAGUCACUAGCAGACACACACAGUCACUAGCAGACACACAUACAUCUAACUAACAAACACACACAUAGUUACACACUCCCUGACAGACACAAACUAACACAGACACACACACACAUUAACACACUUACUUACCUUUGGGAAUACUGGGAGGGGGUUCUCCCUUUCCCUGGGGUCCACUGGGGCAGGCGGGCGGCGCUGGCAAGGGAGCACUGAUUAGUGAGCUGUCUCUGCUCAGCUCCCUCGUGCGCCGCAGGGUGAUGCUGGGAGCCGGAAUAUGACGUCAUAUUCCGGCUCCCGGCAUCACUCUGCAGCGCGCGAGGCAACUGAGCAGAGCGCUCAGGGGAAAGUGCACCCUCGCCAGCACCGCCCGACCGGAUUUUUAGUUAGCCGCUAGGCUAACAAGACAUUUUCCCUGGGCAUUUGGGGUGGCUUUUGUUUUGCCGCCCCCUGGAAAGUGCCACCCAAGGCAAAUGCCUUGUUUGCCUUGCGGCUAAUAUGUCCCUGAUAUAAAUAUGUGUUUAUUUUAACAUUUGGAUAGGACUAUUAUGAAUCCUUUUUUGUUUAUAUGCUGAACUACCAGUACAGAUAUAUAUUUAUGUCCAAGAUAAAGUAGAAGAUAUGAUGCUAAUUCUUUGUGUAGUGCUACAGCACUCACUAUGCCAAUUUGGGGCACUCUUGGGCUGGCAUGCUUGCUCUCUAUCUGGUUGGCACAGGCAACUUUCUUCCCUGCAAUCCAUGACUUAAUAAUCAAUUUGAAAGCUGCCGGGGGAUAUAAUUUCAUAGCCUUUGCAGAAUUAACUCAUUUAGGAAGAUGAGUCUAUGGGGAACAUUUGGAAUGGUCUGUGCCUACUUAGAGUAAAGUCACUUGUUCCAGGCUGUUUGUUCCAUUCAAUAUACACUGUAGUCAGUCUAGGUAAGUAGGAGGGAACUAAUGGAGAGAGAGAGAGAGACCUGGGAGUGUAGAGGAGUGGAGACUUGUGUAAUUCAACUUCAUAACACUGCUUAGGAACACACUUCCAGGCGUCAUUCAUGUCCUGACACCUAUUGAAGUUGAUAGACGAGGAAGCUUUAUAAUAGAUAUUGUUUCAGCUCUUUUUCUGCAUUCGCAGUGUCAGAAUAGUGAACCAAACUCACAUUUCACACGAAAUAAGCCAAAAAUAAUACAGUUUGGGUUAAUUUACUCUGUACAGGUUUAGUAAGUAAGGAACGUAACUGGAGAUGCCAGUCUUUUUAUUACUUGGGUGAGAUCAAUACAAUUGAUUGCUAGAACUGUGCUGAAUGACCUGUAAACCUCUAUAUCAUUAGAUUAUUUAUCUUGGUUAAAUGUAAUAGGACACUGCAUGCACCAUGACCAUUUAAAGUCACGGAUACUCCUCGCCUAGUUCUGCUCCAUUGAGCUCCCUGCCUCCUCAUAUCCCUUUAUCUUGUUCGAUGUGUCCACUCCCCUUACUCUGUAGUGUAAUAUGAGAAAUGUGUAAAGAAUCCUCUAACCAUACAAGAUCAGUGUUUUUACAUGCUCUGCCAUGAGUCACACAGGCUCACUCAUAACUAUUUAUUAGAUUGUCUGUAUGAGUACCUCUCUCAAGUGGUUUGUGAAUGCCUUUAUUAAUGGAAUAAGUGGAUGCGUGUAGUUAAAAUCAAGCAAAUAGUAUGGCUACUAUUUACCAAGACGUUUCAUUCAAUUUCCUUAUGAAUAAAACGCUGAUAAAAGCUGUACUUCCACAAAUUCUGAUUACCAAAACAAAGACUGCUUGAGAAAGAUCUGACACUUGCUGGUACCUGCUGACCACGGGCAUUACGGCACAUGGUCAUCUUUCACAUUUGAUUAUGUUAUUGAUUUAAAGUAUGCAUGUGUUUUAAUGGAUAAGAUCCAUGUCAUGUUGCAAAACGAGUGAGAUCUCAAACUCCAUCCUGGACAUCACUUUUAUUUUCAUAGCAGCAAAAUGAUAAAAUCUGUAUUUUACCUAUUCAAAACCGUACAUGUCAGUAGUGCGUGUUAGUGCACUAUGUAUUGAGGAUUCCCUAUGGCUGAUACGUUACCUUGUUUCAUUGGCAAUUUUGUAUAUAUUGUACUUGUUUAGCAAGUAAGUGAUGCAUUGUAUUUCCAUUAUUUCAGUCACUUGCUGCAGGCCUAACAUCUAGCCAGCCUGUUGAGAAGCUCCGAGCACUUCCCCUGUGGUUGUCUCUGCAGUAUCUCGGCCACAACGGGAUCAUUGAGCGAAUAAAACAUGCAUCUCAACUGGUAUGUUAUCACGGAACUUCAUAUUUGCAUUGGGUUAAUGUUAAUACCGGCUUAACAGGCAAAUAUAACAUGGAUUAAUUUCAUGGGUCUAGCAGUAAAAUAAAUACUGUGUGCUUACACUGUUUAUUAUUGAGCUUUAUGAAAUGAUCUUAAAUGUAAACAAGAGUAAAGUAAGCAAUAUGCAGUCAAAAAGAUUGGCGACUAGUGGUUAAUACAUACAAAUAAAAUAAAAUGUAUAAAGAAGAGCCCUAACUUUUGUUUUCUAAAAAGUGGGAAACAAGUUGGAGUCACGGUGUGUUUUUUGCUUGUCCCAAAAAGUGAAUCUAACAUAGGCCUCAAUUUAAUAUUUUUGAAUAAACUUUUACAAUGAUUUUUCACAAAAUCUUAAAAUAUCAAAAAAUAUAUCGCGCAAUUAAAAAAAAAUAGAUCCGUAUACCCACAAAUAUUACAAUAUUACGACAUUUAAACAUUUUUCAUAAUAUUAAAUUAUUUUAAAAGUUUAUCCAAAAAUAAUAAAAAAAAAAUUGGAAAGCCUAUCCAAAAAUAUUAAAUUGGGGACAUAAUCUGUCAUUAUACAACACAAACAGAAAAGUAUUUUGCAUAAUCCUUUCACCACUCUCCAUCAAAAAAACGAAACUAUUCAGUUUUGCCGCAGUGUGUGAUGUACAUCUAUCUCACUGCUACUUAGAGAGUGCCUGUUCCAACAUGUGGGCUUGCAAAUAAAAAUUACUUCUUUUUAAAUUAAAUAUUUUUUUUAAUUUUUACAAGGGAUAUGCUGUUGCUUUAUUCUGCUUGGCUAGUGCUGUUUUCUGUUCAUUCUAUAAAAUACAUUGAGACCUAUGUUAUUAGGAUGUAAAGAUACUUGUUUGUUACAGCUACAUUGAAGGAUUCACAGUUAAAUGGCAAUGACAUUCUCCUGGUUGAUGCUCUUAGCGGUGACUUUGUGUGAAGGUUACUUUUAAAAGGGAAAUAAAUUGGUCACUAUGGGAACUCAUUGGCUGAUGUUUAGUGUGAUUCAAAACGCCCACAGGUGAACUAGUGACUUAUUGAUCGGCAUUAGCAAAGGACAUAUAGUGAGAAGCAUAUCUUACAAUCAAACUAAUGAGCUAUUUUACUUAAUCAAUUUGUCUUGGUGGUGGGAGGAUAAAGCAAUCUGUGCUACUAAAAAAAAAAAAAAUAUAUAUAUAUAUAUGUAUGUAUAUGUAUGAAGUCACACUAAUGUAUAUCUCUACUAAGGUAAAUAGGAAUGGAUUUAUUACUUUUGUUCAAACUUGCUAUCAUUAAUAGAUGCUCACUACAUAUUAGGGUUUGAUUUAAAAAAAAAAAAAAUAAUAAUAAUAAUUCUGGCUUUGCUUCUCAAAUUUACUCGAUUUUAAUUUUGUUUUAUUCACAGAGUCAAAAACUGCUCGAGCAUUUAAAGAACCUGAGCUAUAUUAAAACAUCGGUAAAGUAUACAUUAUUUAACAUUUUCUAGCGGUUGUCUAGAAGGAGCACAUUUGUUCAGGGUAAUUUCUCCACCAGGAUUUUGUUUCAGCGAGUUAGACAACUGAGAGGCUAAUGUUACAACCGCAUGCUUGUUGGAAAUGUACAGUUGUUUCGUACUGUGAAAGAGAUAUUGUUUUUGAGUAUAACACAGGCGCUAUUCAUGUACUCAGACAUUAAAAUGUAGAUCUGGCAGUGGUACAUUAAAGGGGCACUCAAAGCACCAAAAAGCUUCUAGUUCAAUGAAGCAGUUUUGAUGUAUAAAUUAUGCCCCUGCUGUCUCACAAAUAACUGCCAUUUAGUCUUUAAAUCACUUUUAAAUCACUGGAGAACUAGCCACAUCUCCGCUGCAUGUUACUUCCUACACAGUUCUUGAAAGAAAGUUAAAAUCCUUUAUUGCAUGUUGUUUCAUUUAGAACAUGUUAUUUCCUUCUGUGUUAUUUGCCUUCUAGACAAUACAGCUACGUCCUGUGUAUAAGUUCAAUUAACAGAGCAGGAGAUGACUUCUACAGUAAACACACUGUGAUGUAAGAUCUGAUUGAAAUAAUACUUUUAUUCCAUGGGAGGGCCGUGUGUGUCACAGCCAGGGGAGGUGUGGCUAGGACUAUAUAAUCUUAGUGAUUUAACUUCAAAACCACUUAAUUAUCCUUGAAUUUCAUCCAUGCUAACUCUUAGCAUUUCUCUCACAAGUAACAGUAAAUUAUCAUGCAUGGGGAAAAGUGGUAGACUUAGGCACAGUUGAAGGCAAUAGCAGACUGAUGAGCCCUAAGGGUUAACUGACUGAAAGGCACAGAAAGAACGUAAAUGUUAUUUAGUGGAGGAAAGGAAACACACUGUUACAAAAGAACUAAACGGUUCUGUAUAUAAAGAUAAAAAAAUACAUUUAUAGUUUUUUUUUAUUUUGUUUUUUUCCUCUUCCUUUUUUCCGUCAGGUUGAAAAUGAGGACAGCUCUCCAGUGGUCGUUUUCAAAUACAAUUACGAGGGAUCAAAAUCAGGUUUGAAACAUUUUGAUAUUACAAAAAAGCCACAUUUAUUUAGGAGGAUAAACGCACUGAAAACUCAAUAUUGGAAAAUAAUUGUGGCGAUUAUUAUCGAAGAGCAGCUAUAGUAAUGCUGUCUAUGGCAUGAGGUAAUUAACUUUUUCUAGAAAAUUCGGUAAAAGCAAUGGAAUUGUUCAUGGCCUACCACAUCUUCUGUAAACAUUAGACUGUAAACAUGGCACUCUGAAUAUGCCAAAUAGAUUUGUAAGAGUUAAUCUACAGGCAAGAGCUAUCGGCACUUUCUGAAUGAUAAUGAUGUUAAUGCAAAAUAAUAGUCAGGGACAGAUUAAAAAUUUACUGGGCCUGGUGCUGACAAAUAUGAUGGGCCUAAUUACAGAAACUUAUCGACAGAAAACACUAAAACAGUGUCAUGUAUCUGGUGGAGGUGGUGCUGAAGGAAAACUCGCAGGAUAUAGCAAUAAGAAAAAACAUACCCUAUGCUAAUCUCUUGCUUUUAUCUCUCAAGUAAAUCCAUACCUCCUAACAGCAAUGUCCAGUGAAGCAGGACAUCAGUGGGUGGGAUAAAAGGAUGGGCCACUGAUGCGAAUCACAUAACCGGAAAAAAGGUGUAGGUAGUGAGUGUAGAAGAAAGGGAACGUGACACAGUGUUAGAGAAACUGAAGCAGCAAGAGCAUUUGCGUAAAGUCAGCUUUACCGUAACUAAUUUGUCAGCCAGUCCACACCAGGUUUGUUCCCCUACAUCCUUCUUGAGUUUCCAUACUUAAGCAAGAGCAUGAGAAGACCAGUCAAUUAAUAUUUUUUUUUUAUUUUUUUAUUUUUUUUAGCACCGGGCCUAUUCCAUGGACAUAGGCCUGGAGCUGCAGCUCCAUCAGCCCCUAUGUUAAUCUGGCCCUGACUGGAGUAUUGCUGUAUCUUGUAUUACCAUUUUUAUUUAAACUGAUGCUCCAUCACUGAACUAAAGCAGAUGCUAAGCGGUUUUGACUUGACCAGAGGGUUACUUCUGGCAUUCCUUACCAGAUAAUUGCUGUAAAUUUAUUUCUAAAAAAAUAUAUUUUGUGUAUUGUCAGUGGGCAGAUCAUUUCUUGUAAAUUGUAUUAUUAUUAUUAUAAUAAAUAUAUAUGGCUUUAGGACAGAACUUAUUUUGCUAGGAAAAACGGAGGUGCAUCAGUCUCUCUGAUGAUUACAGUCUCCUGCUCUCCUUUCUCUGCAGUACAGACUAUUGGUUGAAUAACAAUGUUUGGAUGGAUUACUGUUUCUGCUGUGUCUGCUACAAGCUGCAUUUUUUGUUUUUAUUUAAUGACACUGUGAGAGUAGAGACCUCACACGUGCUCAAUCUGCUUGUAGAACUGAUGUGUGAUGUCACCCAUUUAGUUAGACUGGAGGUCAUGUAGCCUUAAACACCUACAUGACCUCUCUCUCCUUCAAUCUCCUGAUCCAUGCCCCACACACUCACAAUAUCCACAAUAUGCUAAUUGUGCAACUGGCCUAAUAUGGUAGAAGUUAAAAUGAGUGCCACUGGCAUGAUGCAAGCAUGUUGUCUUAUACUGACAUUCAUCUCACAACAAAUCAGAGUGAAGGAAUUAGUGGAGAAAAUCAGAUACAACUUGGCAAAGAUUCUGUAAAAUAGUUCUUUAUUGACUGUUCAAGCAAACCCUGUGUGUUGAAAUGCCUUAGAUGCUAAAAUGAACACUAUGUAUUGGAAUUGUGUAAAGUAAUGCAUCACUUUGAGUACCACACAUUGAACUCUACUUUGCUUGUUACAACCAAAUACGUAUAAAACUGCAUUUUGUUAUUUCUAGAUUCCACUCUGAAUUUGAGCAUUAUAGAAAGAGAAGCCGAUGCUAUGAACCAGUGGGUAAGUCUUUAUUGCAUUGUAAAGCAACACCUGAGAAUAUUGCCCCCAUCCUGGCAAAAAAAAAUUAAAGAGGCUGGAUCUAUGGGACACAGAACCAGAUAUGGUGACAAAGAAAUGUGUGGGGUUAUACCGUAUAUACUCGAGCAUAUGUCGACCUGAAUAUAAGUCGAGACCCCUAAUUUUACCCUCAAUAACUGGGAAAACUUAUUGACUCGAGUAUAAGACUAGGAUGGGAAAUGCAGCAGCUACUGGUAAAUUUCUAAAUAAAAUUAUAUCCCCCAAAAAUUAUAUUAAUUAAAUAUUUAUUUACAGUAUGUGUAUAUAUAAUGAAUACAGUGUGUGUGUGAUGCAGAGUGUUUUUGUGUAUGUGAUGUAGAGCCUUGUUUUUUUAAAUUAUUUUAAUAUUUUUUUUAUAUUAUUUUUAUUAUACAUUUUUUAAUAUUAUUUAAAAAAAAAAAUAUUUUUAUUCGUCCCCCCUCCCUGCUUGAUACAUGGCUGGGGGGUGGGGCUCUCAUUCCCUGGUGGGCCAGUGGAUGGGCUGUGCAGGAGGGGGGCUGGCAGAGAGCUGUAACUUACCUUUCCUGCAGCUCUUGUAAUCUCCCUUCUCCUCCGGUCCGGUAAACUCCCCUGUCAGCUGCCUCUGCAAGUCUCGCGGUCUGAGUGCCGCGCGGAGCGUUGCCACGGUAACCUGUGGCAACGCUCUGACCCCGCGAGACUUGCAGGGGAGCUGACCAGACCGGAGGAGAAAGGAGCUGCAGGAAUAGAGAAAAUUUAUGACAAACUUACCGUAAUUUUCUUUUCCUGGCUAUUUCUCAUGGCAGCAUCACUUAUGGGUAGCUCCUCCCUUAGCAGUCACAGGACAGGAAUUAAUUAGAUUAAUUAAUCAGACUGAUAGGUAUAAGGAGUCCCUCCUCCCCCUACACCUCAGUCCAAUUAUAAAGCUGAAAUAAAGAAUGGGCGGGAACCCUGAUGCUGCCAUGAGAAAUAGCCAGGAAAAGAAAAUUACGGUAAGUUUGUCAUAAAUUUUCUCUAUUCCUGGCUAAUCAUGGCAGCAUCACUUAUGGGUAAUACCCAAGCUUCACAGAAAAAUAGGGUGGGAAUAAUAAUCCAAGAAAUUACACAAAACUGAAACACAUGCAGCAAAGAAAAGUUUAAUAUCAACGGGAUAAGAGACCGUAGACAGGACACUCUGUCCAAAGGAGGUGGAAGGAGACUGCACAUCAAGUUUGUAGUGCUUCAUGAAUGUCAUCGGAGAAGACCAGGUGGCUGCUCUGCAAAUAUCAUCGUAUGGAACCUCUGCACAGCUAGCCCAUGAAGUUGAUAAUGCUCUAGUAGAAUGAGUUCUUAUCUCCCGAGGUGGUGAUAUACCUUUAGAGAUAUACGCCUUCUUAAUUAUCAGAGAAAUCCAACGUUUCAACGUAGAUAAAGAAGCCGCCUCACCUCUCCUUGCUCCCAACGGCAAAACGAAGAGUUGGUCCGUUUUACGGAAAGACUCAGAGCGUUUAAGAUAUGCAGACAAGCAGUUCAUGACAUCCAAACGUUGCCAUCUAACCUCCUCCUGAGAAGAGGGGUUGGGGUAAAAUGAUGGAAGAACCACUUCUUGAGAGAGGUGAAACUGAGAAACUACCUUAGGAAGAAACUCUGGUUUUGGUUUCAGACAAACCCUAUCUCGGUAGAAUCGUAAACAAGAAGAAGAUGUAGAAAAUGCCUUAAUUUCUGAAAUCCUUCUUGCGGAAGUAAAAGUUUUAUACGUCAGGAGAGUAGCAUCCAAACUUUCAAGAGGAACAAACAGAUCCUCAGUGAGAUAAUUGAGCACCAUAGGAAGGUCCCAAGGAGGGGUAGUAGAUCUGGAAGGAGGCCUCAACCUGAAGGCCGCUUUGAAGAACCUGGAAAUCAAAGGAUCCGAAGCCCAUGAGAUGUUGCACAAAGCUGAAAGUGCCGAAGACUGAACCUUCAAGGUGCUGAGGCUAAGGCCCUUGUCCAGGCCCUCUUGCAGAAACUCCAAACUUCAGUAUUGCUAGGAUGCCGAAAGUCCACAUUAUGAGACGAUGCCCAAGUUUGGAACACAUCCCAGAUCCUAUGCCAGCAUGAAGAAGUAGAAGCCUUUCUGGAGAGCAGAAGGGUAAUGAUCACCGCCUCCGCGAGACCUAGUAAUUGGAGUCUUUCUUUCUCAAGACCCAUACCCCCAUUUUGAGGCAUUCCGGAUGAGGAUGGAAUACAGGGCCUUGCGAUAGCAGAUCCUCCAUCACUGGAAGAGGCCAAGGUUGUUCCUGGCUCAUCAUGGCCAAUAGGGGAAACCACGGCCUCCGAGGCCAAAUUGGAAUUACGGCAAUGACUUUCUUGCCUUCCAACCAAACCUUCCGCAGGAACCUGGGUAUCAUGGGUAGGGGAGGGAAAACAUACCCCAGAUCGAACGACCAAGGCAGAGAGAGAGCAUCCUGGCCCAGUGCCUGACAGUCCGGAUGGAGAGAGAAGUAAUUCUCCACCUGGUGAUUCUGAGAUGAUGCCAUCAGGUCGAUCUGGGGCAUGCCCCACCGAUGAGCAAUUUCUGCAAAGAUCGCCGGGUGAAGUUGCCAUUCUCCCGGAAGAAUUUCCUUCUGCUGAGGAAGUCUGCCGUUACGUUCUCCGAACCUGGGAGAUAAAUCGCCUUCAGGCCUUGAAGAUAGGUCAUGGCUAUAGCCAUUAAGGGAGCCAGCUCUUCCAGGAGCAACCUGCUCCUCGUGCCACCUUGGUUGUUCACAUAUGAGGCCACCGCUCGGUUGUCUGUUUUGAUUAGAACCCAAGAAUUCCGUAGCCUCGGCAGGAAUCUCAAAAUGGCCUUGUAAACCGCUCUCAGUUCCCUUAAGUUUGAGUGUAGGUGACUCUCUUCUCGGGUCCAGUUCCCUUGAGUCCAUACAGGACUGAAGUGGGCACCCCAUCCAAAAGAACUGGCAUCUGUUGUAAUAACCUUCCAAGGGGGGUCUUCCAACGGGAAGCCUGUUGUCAAAUUCCUCUCGCUCUUCCACCAGUUUAAGCCUUCCUUACGGGAAGGGGAAGAGAUAUCAUCUGUUCCCAAUCCGCUUCCACUCUGUUGAACUGGGGAAGGAAGCAGUUCUGGGCCGGACGGAACUUCCACUGGGCCCACUUCACCAAGCCUAUUGUUGAAGUCAAGGAACCCAGGAGACUCAUGACUUCUCUUGCAGGUGCAGUUUCGAGAACUUGCAGCUUCCUUACUUUGUCUCUGAUCUUCGUGACCCUUUCUGGAGACAGGAACACAUGUGCAGACACGGUAUUCACUACCGUACCCAGGAAAACGAUAGUUUGUGCAGGAACGAGGGAGCUCUUUCCCACGUUCAGGAGCCAACCAUGGUCUUGAAGAAUGGACAUUGCCACCGACGUAUGUUGAGCUACAAUUCCUUGAGAUGGACCCAAGAUUGAUAGUAGGCGUCCCUUAAGUCUAUUGAGGUCAUCCAGUCUCCUUUUUUGACACACUUCAAGAUGGUCCUCAAGGAUUCCAUUUUGAACGUCCUUACGUCGAGCAAGGAGUUCACGCCUUUCAAAUUCAAGAUGAGACGCCACUUUCCCUGUGGUUUUGGGGCCAAGAAGACCGUGGAGUAAAUUCCCUGGAACCAUUCCUGUUUUGGAACUUCUUCACCACUUUUUGUUCCAGGAGUACAGAAAUGCAGGACCUCAUGGCCCUUCGUUUGAUGCCUACCGGCACCUUUGAUCUUCUGAAGAAUGCAGUUUUCGGGUAAGAUGAGAAUUCUAUUCUGCAACCUUCUUUUACGAUGGAAGUGACCCAUAGGUCUGAAAUAUUGCUGGCCCAUAUGGGGUAGAAGAACUUCGGCCUGGGGACCUUCAGAAGGUCUUCCCUGAGGUUCUAGCACCCCUUCCUCUGGAAGCCUUAUUGGAAGAUGAGUGCGAAUAGGAUUUCCAUGAAGAAUUCCUGGAAAACUCCCUUCCUGGUUUAUAGCUCCUGCUGUCCCGAAAGGACCGAUCCUUGAAGCGCUUGGUCUUCCAGGAGGAGGGAAAAACUCUUCCUGCCAGCUUGAGGUAAACGCCUUUUUCCCAUCAGCAGCUUUUUGAAUAGCAUCUUCCAGAAUCUUCCCAAAAAGGAGAUCCCCUCGGAACGGAAGUGCACACAGGGAAGCCUUAGAAGCAUAGUCAGCACCCCACGAAUGAAGCCACAAGGCCCUUCUAGAAGCCACAGACAGGGCCAUGCUUUUGGCAAUCAUGCGAGUGAUGUCCAGGGAGGCCUCUGAACAGAAUUCCGUGGCUAGACUAAAGUCCUUGAAGCUUUCCAACAGAUGUUCCCUACGGACACCCUGAUCAAUGUCGUCCUUCAGAUUAGCGAGCCACACUUUCAAGGCUCUGGAGAGAGUCGUCAGUGCCACUGCCGGAUGAAGGGCGGACCCUAGGGCCAAGUAGUCUUUAAUCAGGUCUCCAUCCAUACGCUUCUCCAUAGGCUCCCUGAGAUAUGCCAUGGAGUCAAUAGGCAGUGUAGUUUUCUUAGCCAUAUGGAUCACUGCAGCGUCAAUUUUAGGAACUGAGUUCCACAGGCAGCAAUCCACUGUAGAGUACGGAUAAACCCUCGCAAACUUAUUUUUUAAGGUGGACUUCUUUUCAGGCUUAUUCCAUUCCUGAAGGAUCAUAUCCCUGAUUGGCGCAUGCACCGGGAAAGUAGGUCUGUUAGGCUAUAGGUCCUCAAAAAACCUGUCAGCCUCCUUCAAUUCAGAUCUUUCUUCAGUGAGACUAAGCGUGUCUCUGAGAAGGGUAAUAAGUCUAUCCAUAGACCUGGAGUCAAGAGACGUGGAGGCAUAUUCAGCUUCCUCCUCACCUUCAUCUGAUACCUCCCAGACAUCAGGGUCCUCAUCAGAGCUGGAAGACUGAGGUUCCGCUCUGCGUCUCUUACUUGGACCACUAGAUCCCGUGGUAGCCAUAAAGCCCUCAGCAAUAGCCUGAGAAAUCCAGAGCUUAAGGUCGUCUUGUGGAGAGCUCCUACUGGGGGCAUCAGCGACUUCCAACAAGCAUUCCUUGCAAAGGUUCCUUCUAUUCGGAGCAGGCGAAGAACAAUUAAUGCAUUUAUUUUCCCGUGAUUUUCUCGCUGGAGAAUCCAAAUGAAUGCUGGGGCUGGAAUGAAGCCAUAUAUGACAUAUAUUACAGGCUCAGUAUGGCACUCUUUUAACAACACCCCCCCCAAUAAAAUUAAGAAAUGGCUCACCUAUGUUUUCUAGAGAGGGAUCUUGCAGAGGCAGAGGGAGAAUCCAUACUAUAAAGAAGAACCAAAGGAAAAUCCAAGACCUAAUUCCCCAAAGGGAUAAAUAGGCAAACUGACAAAGCAAUACUUCCAAUAAGUAGUAAAAACAGCAAUCCUACCUUAAAGAGCAGAACAUCCACUAUGCAGCCAGGCAGCAGAUAGGAGUAGCUGGGCACAAACUGGACACCAAUGCUUUCCCAGGGGUAAACCAACAUAAGGCUAGCAGAUAUAGCACCAAGGCAGCUGUAUUAGAUGCUUUAAAAAAGGUCCGGGCAGCGAACAGCUGAUUGCCCGGUUCACGCAUGCGCAGAGCGCUGGAACGCACGCUAUGCGUUUCAAACGCUCGCGACCGGCAUGCAAAUUACUUCCGGUUUCGCCGGAACCGGCUGCGAGCAACAAACAGUCGGCUGGAACGCAUAAUGCGUUCCAGCCCCCAAUGCCCGGGCACACAGGGAGCCCCAGGGAGCAGGGAAGCCUGCACAGCCUCACAUUAACCCAUCAGAGGCUGGAACAGAGCCAGGGAGCAGGGAAGCCUGCACAGCCUCACAUUAACCCAUCAGAGGCUGGAACAGAGCCAGGGAGCAGGGAAGCCUGCACAGCCUCACAUUAACCCAUCAGAGGCUGGAACAGAGCCAGGGAGCAGGGAAGGCACCAAACAAGAGGCAAGAAACAGAUCCUAAAGGACAAGACCCCUAAGCAUGGAUUCAAAUACUGCCAACAAGGUAUGGGGGGGGAUAUAUAACCCCAAUUAGUAGGGGCAGGCUGAAAACAGGGGGAAUUUUUAAGGCUAACCAACCCCACAAAUAAACAGAAACAGUGUCUCCCUCAAACACUUACUUCCCACGCUGCAGUUCAGUACUUACACUGAACCUGACCCAGUUAGUCCUGCUCAUGCAGGCUGUUUACUGGGUCCUUCAAAUGAAGAGAGGCUGAACUUCAUUUGGAACGAACCCACGACAAACGCAGGAAGGUGGCCAUAAAACAAAAUGUAAAAAAGUCCUGUAGAACUUGCUAAGGACAGGAAAAAAGACUGAGGUGUAGGGGGAGGAGGGACUCCUUAUACCUAUCAGUCUGAUUAAUUAAUCUAAUUAAUUCCUGUCCUGUGACUGCUAAGGGAGGAGCUACCCAUAAGUGAUGCUGCCAUGAUUAGCCAGGAAAGGUAAGUUACAGCUCUCUGCCAGUCCCCAACAGGACCGUCGGGCUCAUUACAAGCUGCCAUAAUACAGACAUUGACUCGAGUGUGCUGAAAAACUCAACUUAUACUCGAGUAUAUACGGUGCUUAAAAGUUGAGAAAACGUGACAAAAGAUUGAACCUCCUCGAUUUAGUUUUGUUGAUUCCCACAACCAUCACGAGUGAUGGCUGUGGGAAACGCGCAUCUUCUUGUGUAUCCCAUGAGUUGACCUACAGAGGCCACUGUCUCACGAAAUCCUCUAUAGACUUCAGUGUUUUACUUUCCUGUACAUUAAUGCGCUGCUGAAUAUAGUCACAGCAACCGAGAUGGAGGUCUACAAGGAAAAACUUUGGAGAAGCAAAUCUACUUUCAGCUUCCCCCUUGGCUGUUGUAGCACAAGCAGGCAUUUCAGGGUAACAGAGAUACUUUAAAAACAGGUGUAUGCAACGAGUCAAGAAAUGCUGAUCUAAACAAUUCUUCCCCUCUUACAUCUUUAGAUAUAACAUUAUUUUAUUCUACUUGGUCCUCUCCAAAGUUACGCAAUCUAAUUUUGCCAACUUCGAUGUGCAUUUUCUUGGAAGUAGCUAUUUUUAUCAUAGAUUUCUACACCCAUCCUUGUCCUUGUGGCACAUGAACAAUCUAGGUCUUUUAGGAUUACUGUUAGAAUAGCAUUGGUAAAUGCCAUAAUUCUAGACUGUCAGAGCAUCUUGAGGGGGGGAGGACCACUGGUAUCCUGCACACUUCUCCUUUCCGGUUGUCUCCUAAUAAAUUUAGAGUAUUCUCCUUGUUGGAGGGAGACCUUGUGUGUUAUUUACGACAUCUCAGGAUAUUGUAAAGUGCUAAUGUAACGGAUCCCCUAUACUUCGAUGGAGUAUAUCCGCUGUAGUUCUCCCAAAUUCCAAGUGAAGCAAUGAUCUCUGAGCUAUCAAAACAUCAGCCUAGACUUGAUGAAGGGUACAACAGGAAUAAUUUAUUCUGGCCAGAUGGCCUGCUUUUAUACACAUCAUCACAACAUGCCCAUUAAUUUCUGAGUCAGGAUGACUAAGCAUAAAAAUGCCCGAAAACAACAUAAAAAUAUAUAUAAUAACCCCACAAAAAUUACAUAGUUAAAUAGCCCUUAUUUGACCGCCCAAGUUCUCCAAAUAGCGCUCAGAUUCAUGCAAUGUAGGGAAAACGCCACUGUGUCAAAAUUCUCACCGGCCGCACAUAUGGUCCUAUGCCCAAAACAGUUCAAGGGCGUUUGGUGCUUUUGCCUGUCAACUUUUGGGAGUUCCUGCGGCCGCAAUACAGGGUGCUCUGGCUGGCUCUUAGGUAGCAUUUGUUUCCCUUAUUUUCAGGCACCUUCGCUCCAAAAAGCCCUCUCCUGGCGUAUUUCAAAGUGGUUCAAAACCGCGAACCGAGUUGUUCGGGAACCGCACGGUCACCUCGUGCCAAAAACAGUUCCAUAACAUUCGUGGCUAAGUCCCGCUGAGGUGACCGGGAACCUACGAAGUCCUCAUGCCAAAAUUAGUUCCAUAGCAGUCGCGGCUAAGUACCACUGGGAUUAUUCGAGGGUUUGGUUCACGCAAACGGCCGCCAGAGAGCCAACUUUCGGUUCCAUUCGCAUGGAGGGAAAGUACCGAACCAGGGGCACCCAGGGCAAGCUACUAAUGGCAGAUGGGGAGAUUCAGCUUCCAAACAGGGUCUUUGUUUAUGGCCCAUAGUCGGUGGGCAGGGGGCCAGCUUCUACACUCUUCCAUGAAUUUGUAGCAAACGUCCAGGGCAAGGAGCGUUUAUCACAGCAGAUGACUCUUUUCUUUGCAGUUAGGAGACCAGCUGGCUCUACAUGUUCCAUCCUGUGGAGUGGACAUCGUGGAAUUAGAAGAUGAAGGCACUUGUGUCCGAUUUAAUCCUCUCAUGACAUCAGCUGGUAAGUUAUGGAUCAGUUUCAUUUCUAAAAGAAGAAACUGGCAAUUUCUGAUAUGAUGAAUCCUUCUACAAUAAUAAUGUGGAUAGCAUACGUGCAUUAAGCAUGUAAUAUUGCUGGCUCAUCCCAUUCAUAUUGGGAGAGACCUAUGAGUGCCCUGCUAAAAUGAAACAAUCUACUAGAAGUGGAGCUAUCACCAUGGAAACCAGUGUAACCAGUAGGAGAAUUCUAUAGGUGAAUGUGCCCAUUUGACAUCUUUGCAGAACAUGGCAGUUUGUUAAAUCUCCCCCAUUUUGUGGUUAAUUUAGGUCAGGCAAACAGAGGCUCGGUGCAGCCUUGUAGAACACAUGUCUGAAUACUGGGAAUGGGAAUAGAACACAACAGUAGUGACACAGAAAGACUUGAGAAGCUAACAGACUGCGAAGGUAUUACAGCUGUGCAGUCAAAAUAAGCAUUCUUUGUGUCUAGUUAAAGUACUACCCGUGUUUGAAAAUUAUUUGAUCAGAACAUACAUAUUCAGCAAUUGUUUUUUAAAUUUUUUUAGGUUUAUAGUUUUAGUAAAAAAUAAAUAUAUAUAUAUAUAUAUAUACACACACACAUCCAUCCAUAGCAAAGUAAAACUUCUACAUUCUACAGGUGUCAUCUUAAGCAUCUUGUUUAAGAUGUUCUGUAAUUACAGUCAACUGCCAUGUCUACAUUCGUGCACAGAUUAGCUGUGAUUCCUGUGAGUGCAGGACUGCUGCCCGUGUCAGACUGCUUUUUCAUUUUAAUGUGUUUUCAUGUAAACUGCCUUUCUGAAAAGGCAUUCAGAGAGCCACCAGGUCAUUGUGACCUUUCUAGAGCAAAUAGUGUAUUAACCUCUUAUGGAUCUCUCUUUAUGUUUAUUAUGUUCGAAGAGGUUAGUGGAGAAAAGAGAUUCUAGGGGUGAAAAAGGUUAGUGGCAACCAGAGCUCUGGAUAACUUAUUGCAUGAAGGGUCCAAAACAACCAACUUUACAUCCCUAAUCUACUGUAAAACUACACAUGUAUAUGCAUUAUAGAGAUAAAAGCAUGUAAAAAUCUCUGUGAAAGUUGCAUAUUUGCUGUAAAAUCACAGGCACUAGAACCUCUUUUAAUGAGACUCAGUGGUUAUAGUGGCCAGAGCGUCCCUUUAACCCCUUAAGGGCCAAACUUCUGGAAUAAAAGGGAAUCAUGACAUGUCACACAUGUCGUGUGUCCUUAAGGGGUUAAAUGUAGAAAUUAUCACAACUCUCUUUACCUCAUAUUGGCUAAUCUCAGUCAUUGUUUAAAGCUCUGCACUUUGAUCCUGCCAGUCUGUAUAGACUGGUUAACACAGAAACCAUUUUUUUCCUCCUAAUUUGCAUUAUGUGCCCUCGCUGUGCCUGGUUUGAAUUGUAUCGUUUUGUCACUAAAUCUUUAAUAUACAUUUCAAAGACAACAGAGCAGCGUGUGGAAAAAAACCGACCACAGUUUAUAGGUUGUUUUGAAUGUUUUAUUCAAUUAUGUAUUGUAUGCUAUUAAUUACAUAUUUUAUUCUAUUACCAUAUUAAAACCUUGGACAGUAUCUGUGCUCUUCCUGGCUCUUCUGAGAUGUUGGCUUUUCAAUCUAUGUCCCUAAGUCUGCCCGUUUCUUUAAAAUUGAACUUUUAAUUUUCAUUAAACACAGAAUACUCAAUUACAAUGGCAAAUAUAGUUUAUUUAAUUAAAUGGACCCGUUUCACAGAACAAAAUUAGUGUGUGUUUGUAUGUAGGAACGAUUUGCAACUGAAUAAAUAAUUCCUAAAGUUAUAUAUAGCUGAAGUCCCCCAAACAACAUAUUUUUGUACAGUGUUUGCAUCUCUUUUGUGGAUUGAUACUAAAUAGUCUUGUCAUGUUGUGUAGUAAUAUCUGGUGAGGUUUUCUUUUCAAUGCUUUCAAUAAUGAAAUGUCGCUAGUUUUAGGUACCACAGCUGAGGACAUUGAACACUUGGUGCAGUGUAUAAAUGUGAAGAUUCCCAUCAUACAAAACACAUUACAACUCCGAGAGGAAUUCAGGCUAGAAGUUGAAAGGAUAGCAGGCCUCUUAUAUAUUGUUGACUACAGCUGGGCCGGCCUCGGAGUUUUAAGGUAAAUGGUAGGGCGGGACUGUUUACAUAUUGUGAAAAUAUAUAGUCUAUGUUUAGAAGCCAUGAACACACAAUAAAUUGCCAACAAUUUCUGCUAUUCUGUGCAAAUGUGGAAGGAAAAAAAUAUAUUCAGCAUAGCCACAGACAAUAUAAAACUUGAUGGGAGAAAAAGAAGAAAAUGGACGGUUCUAUGAAUGGUUUCAUUUGUAUUUUAGAUUUAUUUUUAUUUUUUUUGUUUUUUUUAAAGUAUAUGCCAUCCAUAAGCACUUAUAAUAUAUUUGGUUUUGGCAGAAAUAUAUUGUGGUGGAACCACAACCAUCCACAUGGAUAUUGUAUGGCACAGCGCCAUCUUUUGGUUGAACACUGUAAUGAAAGCACAAUUAUUCACAGCCACAUUGUGUCACAGCGCCAUCUAUUGGUUCUACGUUCCUAGUAACAAAACAGUUUGAACUUUUUUGGGAUAUGAUGGUAAUGCUAAUUUCCUAACCUCCCCUCCUUUGCAUUGUUAUAUUUUAUUGCGUUAUGUGGUUGCCUUUAUGAUUCACCAUACUUAAGGCUUAAAAAGACUCUUUCAAUUUUCUGGCGCUGUAUGCUAGGAAAAAAACGAUCUUGUGGCUCUGAUCAUUACGUUCAUCCUACAGCCCCAGUACAUGCUCAUAGUUCACCCACCCAAUAUCUGGUCACUGUAGGUCGUUAGCUAGGGUAUUAGUCUCCAUCCCUGUGAACAGACACAACGCAAAGAAAUGUAAAAAAGACUAUUUAAAAUGUGUAAUCGCUCUGUUAUUGAUUCUGUGCACAUUGCAUAGAUACAUUUAUAUUAAUUAUUAAUGCUAAUUGGAAUAAUAUGUUCCACUCCCCCCACCCCCCACUGUUUUUCUCCUGUCCUCCCAGAUAUGAUCAUUUCACAGAGGAGGUGGAUGAAACUAAGCGAGAAGCAGAACAAGAGAAGAUUAAUGCUGCACUCCUUAAGAAGCUAAAUGAGCUGGAAUCUGAUCUUUCCUUUUCUACAGGUAUUGAUUCAAAAAAUAAUAAUCUGUUUGACCAUUGCACAGCCAAAGCAGUGUGAAAAUGCACUGCUUCACUGUGGGGGAGGGGAUAUCUCAAUUCAUUAGGCCAGGAGUCCAAGACCAGCUGGGUAUAUAGAACAUUAAGCACUCAGAGAAGGUGAGCAAGAAGUGUGUGGUCAUGACAAGAACUUUCACAGAUAAUAAAGGAGUGCUAUACCUCCAUUAUGACUUUGCAAAGUAAAUAGAUGGACAAUGGUAGCUGGGGAUUUUUAUUUAUUUAUUUAUUUAUUUUAUGUUAAACCAAUUGAAAGACAUUUGUACCCAUAGAAUCAGAACACUAAAACUACAAAAGCUGUAAUUGCUGUGACGAUACUAUAAUAUUAAUUAAUCAUUUGUCAUUAAAGUAUUGCUUUGAAGAAUUUUGUAAAGGAAAAAAAAAAUUGAAACGUGAGUGACAUCAUUUAAUAUUAAGAGUAUAAUCUAUUUAACAAACGAAACCUUUCAAAAGCAUGUAUGUGUUCCUCCAGACUCUGAAACACCAUACUGGCUAGCAUAGUUUGGCACGCGUUUUAAUAAGGUUAAAGUGAAUUUAUUUUUUUAAGUGUUUUUUUUUUUUUUUUUUUAAAUAGGCUCUAGUAUGUACAUUUCCAUAGCUGUCCUGAUUAAAAGUUAGAUUUGUUCAUCCAUGUAAUGUGUAAAAUAACAAUCCCCAAAUACUAAGCCAAACUGUGAACAAGGCAGUAAAGAGUCCUCUUUAAUUGAAUACAUAUGUCAAUAUUUCAUCGUUAUAUUAAAUAAUGUAUUUGCAAGUUCCCAAGAUUCAGUGACCGGGUGUGAAAACAGCCUCUCUAUGCAGCACACACAAAAAAACUUUUCAUAGCACACAACCACAGGAAAACAUUUUUUCACAGGAUUUUUAUUUACUUUGUUGGUAUGAUGAUCUGAAUGUAUUUUUUGCUUUAGGGCCCGAAUUUGGGGCAGAGAAAUAUUGUGUAUAUAUUGGAAUGGUAUCCGAAGAUGUGGAUAUUUCAGAGCUUGUUGAAACCAUUGCAGCAAUGGGCAGAGAUAUUGAAGAAAAUUCAAAGGUAUUUAUAUAAAUGAAACAUAAUCCACUGGUCUGUAUGUUAACAAAGAAAAGCAACCAGCCCUGGUCAUUUAACAUGAACUAUAAGUACCAGAAUGGUGAUAAUAGUUUUCGAAGAUGGAAAAACCUAUCAGUAAUUGACAUUUUUUUGUCAGAAUGGAUUUCAUUUAGGAGGCCAAAAUGUUUUCAUUAUAAACCAGAAAAAAAAUCCUAAACCAUAUUUUAGUUGACAGCUUAUUGUUAAAGGAACACUGCACGCACCAUAACCACUACAGCGUGCUGUAAAAGCUUUGUAGACAUUUUAAAUGCUAGUUAUCUUACCAUUUGAGCAUAGUUUAUAUAUUUUUUUCUUUUAUCUGGAGUCCACUUGGCACCUCUCCUUGCAGCCAAAAGUUCUCCGCGCUGAGCUAUCAUUGUAAAUGUUUUUGGGGUGCGGUGGGAGGGGUCUCAUGGUCAAGAAGUUUAAAUUGUAAAGAAAAAAAAUGAGCUCAUUCUCCCAAGUACAAGCCCCUUCCAACUUUUUCUUCUGACCUCUGUACAGCUUUGCUUGCUUGGAGAUUUGUUGAGAUGUGAGUUUAGAUUAAAAAGAUGGGCCGCUAUGAAAAAUCCUGCAACACUGCUUGCUGACAUCACUGGCGUCUUAAACUUCUGCGUUGUAUUUACUUCAGCUUCAGUACACAGUGCACUCUGAAACCUGUAUAGCAGGUGACAGGCCAUGUUAGUGAUUGAUGAAUAACAUAAAUAGAAGGGCUUACAUGCGAGAUGGACUUGCUGUCCUAGGUCUGCUUUACAGAACGGCUUAACACAACGGCUUUAUACUCUAAACACAAUCUAUAAAAACAAACCGUCAUUUUAUGGCCAUAAUUAAAAUGAAAAUCUUAUUUUACGUUGUCACUUGUUUUGUUUUUUUCUAUUUCUUUUAUUAUUGUGCUGUAUAGUCUCACUAACAUUGUCAUUACAAACCAAGCUGGAAUGAAACAGUUGACCUUUUCUCAACAGUUUUUUUAAAUAUCCUAUAAUUUUGUUCGGUUUUUGUUCUUUAAAGUUGCUGGAGAACAUGACAGAGGUUGUACGAAAAGGCAUUCUGGAAGCAGAGGAACAACUUCAAAAGGCUAAUGAAGAAAGACUUUUACAGGAGGUAAGACUACAUUGUACAGAUUCGUCACAUUACAAUUCACGUUUAUGUGCACCCGGAGAUACUAUAUUUUUCUGUGCAUUAAAUACGCUCUCUUGGUUUAUUAUAAUGUCACCAGGUCCCAUCAGUGGCCUUAUUUUUCCACAAUGCACAGUUCAUUUUUAUAUAUGCUAUCACAUUACAAACACUCAUAAAUAAUACAGUCUCCAAAUUCAGAUCUCCCCAUCUUGAUAUUCCAUUCGCAAAAGUAGGCCCCCAGGCUGUUUAACUUUGGGUAGUUUUAGUAUUAAGAGGCUAUAUACUUAUCAAAAGUUAAAGGACCACUCUAGGCACCCAGACCACUUCAGCUUAAUGAAGUGGUCUGGGUGCCAGGUCCUUCUAGGGUUAACCCAUUUUUUCAUAAUUAUAGCAGUUUCAGAGAAACUGCUAUAAUUAUGAAUGGGUUAAGCUUCCCCCUAAUCCUCUAGUGGCUGUCUCAUUGACAGCCACUAGAGGCGCUUGCGUGCUUCUCACUGUGAAAAUUCACAGUGAGAGCACGCCAGCCAUAGGAAAGCAUUGUAAAUGCUUUCCUAUGAGACCGGCUGAAUGCGCGCGAGCUCUUGCCGCUGCUGCGCAUUCAAGGGCGGGCGUAACGGAGGCGGAGAGGAGGAGGAGAGCUCUCCGCCCAGCGCUGGAAAAAGGUAAGUUAUUACCCCUUUCCCCCUUCCAGAGCCGGGCAGGAGGGGGUCCCUGAGGGUGGGGGCACCCUCAGGGCACUAUAGUGCCAGGAAAACAAGUAUGUUUUCCUGGCACUAUAGUGGUCCUUUAAUAUUUGAAAGCAAUUUUCACAUUUUAUUUCAUUUUUGUAUUAUUUAGACACCCUCCAUAUCUGUCUUCAGCUAGGAGUUCUGAGUACAUCACUACAAUAUAUGCCUUAGGUUUGAGGGAAGUUACAGGAUCACACUAUAGACAUGGCUCUUUACUUGUAUCCCAGUGACACUAUCUGUGUCACUAUCUGAACGUUCAAACACUAACACAGUGUGACAUUGAGAGAUGUGCCUCAGCAGAAAAAAAAUCUGCAUACUGAACAAAAUAUCCUAUUUCCUAAAGGAUCUCAGGGCUGCACCUUUUCUGUGGAACUCCCUUCCCUUCUCCGUUAGACUUUCACCCAGUCUCCACUCGUUCAAAAAAAUCUUUGAAAACACACUUCUUCAGGAAAGCAUAUCAUUUAAACUGUUAGCGGGUUUUCAUCUCCCUCCCAUGACUCCUCUCCUGCAACUGUCAAAAAUAACCCAAGUUAUCAGUGAAUACUUUUCUAGCAAUCUAUUUCAUUACCCCAUCUUAUACCAUUUGUGUCACUAUACCCCACUCCCUCUAGCAUGUAAGCUCAUUGAACAGAGCCCUCCACCUCUCUGUUUCUGUGCGUCCAUUUGUCUGGUUACAAUUACAUGUCUGUUAGUCCACCUAUUGUACAGUGCUAUGGAAUUUGCUGGCACUAUAUAAAUAAGAAAAUAAUAAUAAUGUGAUAUCCCAUGCAGUUCAGGGCUUUACUGCCCUAGCACAGCAUAAAAUAUAUGUCUUAAAAGUACCCAGUACAAUUAGAUCCCUGCUGGUACCUGGGAGACUGAAGGUAUUACUCGUUACCUGGGCUUCUCAUUGUCCGAUGGGGCCAUAUUUAGUGGCAUCCCACGGACUGAGAAGCUGGGAGUGCUGCUCACAGCUCUUUACUUUAUAUGGCAGAAUGACUGUGUUCCGAUAUCCUUGUGAGAGGGAGGCCCAUGGUGUCUUAAAGACCAAUAUAUUGUCUCUCUACAUGUGUCGCUGCAAAAACUGAUAAGUGCUGGGAUGUACUUGCCGCCCAGCAACGAUCAAUAUAAUCAGCAGGGACAUCAUGAAGAUCUGCGGUGUGAGAGGAAAUUCUCUGAUGCUACGAUGAUCUUGUACUGAGCGCUCUGCACUGUGCAAGCAGUGGGAAAUUCAGCUGAAGGGUAUCCCUCUGUUUUAGGGUUAUGGUUAAUAUUAGGAUUAUUUAUUAUUAUUAUUACUGGUAUUUAUAUAGCGCCAGCAUAUUCCGUAGCGCUUUACAAUAUUAUCAAAGGGUGAGAUUUAACAGUAAAUGGGACAAUUACAAAAACUUACAGGAACAAUAGGUUAAAGAGGGCCCUGCUCAAAUGAGAUUAGUCUUGGGGCAUAUCUGCUGUUUCACGCUACAAGCCCUCAAAAUACCUGGCAAUUCUGAGUUAUUAUUGUACUCAAGGGCAGUAGCAGAAUAUAAAUGAGUUCUUUACAUUAGUGAGAUACAUGUAGACUGUGAAACCACUUGUAAAAACAACCAUAAAUAUGUGGAUGGAUGGAUCUCAUAGUUAAAUACCCUGGGAGGGGUGUGUUUUCUACAAAUAUAUGCUUCUGUUUAGUAAUUUCAGUUAUUGUGGUUAUUAGUAAAGUUGUAGUUUCAGCAGGUACAUCCCUUCAUGGUAAUGGUGUUCCCUGAUGCCAGUGGCCUCUUUUGGCAGAAUAAUGCAACCUGCCACAUUGCAAUAUUUUUCAGGAAUGGUUUGAGGAACAUGACAAAGAGUUCAUAGAUGUUGCAUGGCCUCCAAAUUCCCCAGAUGGCAAUCUGAUUGAGCAUCUGUGGGAUGUGCUGAAACAACCAAUUCAAUUCAUGGAGGCCACUUCUCACAACGUGCAAGACUUAAAGAAUUUGCUGCUAAGGUCUUGAUGCCAGAUAUCACAGGACAUGUUCAGAGACCUUGUGGAGUCCAUCCCUUGAUACAUCAAAACUGUUAUUUCAGCACAAGGGCUUACAUGAUAUUAGGCAGGUGGUUUUAAAUCAAUGUAUAGGGUAUGAGAAACAAGUCCUAUAUGUGAUUUAUAGCAUGAUAAAUGAUAACAUUUAUAAACAUGAUAGCUGAAAAUUAUGGUGGAAUGUCACCAAAAGAAGUGUCAGAAAAUCCUCGAUUUCUAAUGCACAGUAUCAGAGAAACGACUUGGUCCUUAGUGGGUUACUUUUCUACAUUAGUUUUUAUUUUUUUCUUUAUCACCACAAAAACAGUCAGCUAACCGUAAAUGACAUGCUAACCUCACAUGUAAGGAUUAUGCAGAAUCUUAAAUAUCCGGUCAGAGAGGUCCAUCACCAACAUUAAAUUGUACUGUACUAAAAUAGCCAAACUGUGACUUAUAGCAGUGAUGACGAAUGUUACCAUAUCAGCACUCUUUACCUACAUUUUACAAUUUGGCUAUCAACGUUCUACAAUUUAGCAUUUAGUAAUUAAGCCCCAGAAUGAUCACUGUAAGUAGAAAUUAAACUGAUCACUUGCCUUAGUUGCGAGCUUUGACUGAAAUCAUGUCAGAGGUAAAAAAAAUUGCCUUGUCAUUCUUUUGUGACUUAAUAAUAAUCUCUGCAGUUUGUACUAUUUGACAAUUUAAUGCUAAAGUGUUUAUAAUAAUUUAUUCAUUUUCCAGGGUGUGCUACGGCAGAUCCCAUUGGUUGGGUCAGUGCUCAACUGGUUGUCUCCAUUCCAAGCCACACCAAAGGGCAGAACUUUCAAUCUGACUGCAGGUGAGAAACGCGGUUUGUUUUUUGAGUCAGCAUGGUCUAUUUACUGGAAUAUCCAACAUUUAAAAUGAGUCACACAAAGACACAAUAUUGUGAACAUUGCAAAUUAUUACAUGAGGCUGGAUUUUUGUUCUGUAGGCUUUGCCAAAUAGGUGACUUUUCAGAGAAUGUUUACAUUUAUGGAAUGGGGGAAGAUUCUGACCGUGAGGUAAGUCAUUUUUGAGGGUAGGUGCAGUAAGGGAGAAUCCUGCAAGCCGUGCGAAGAACGAAAAGGGUUAAUUGAAGAUUAUUUUAAGAACAGCCGAAGAUAGUGUGUGCAGUGUUACAGCUCAGUAGACAAGGAUCAUAACUUUGAAAUUUAUGCUGAACUGAUGGGGGGAGCAUUUGGGUAGACUGGCAGCGUGAAGUAAAUAACUUGAGCCAUCAGCGUGCUUAACCAUUUUGGGUGUUUAAAAGUGUGAAUUUCACAUUGAAUGAAUUUUAUGCUACAGGUUCUCUGGAGUCUACAGAGCCGACAUAUUCAUCUAAAGCACAGGGCAGUGGAAUGACACCACCUGCAACACCAACUUCUGGACAGACCAGAAGAUAUCCAGGUACACCUAGAAUUAUUAUAUGUAUUUCUGCACUAAGGAGCCAAUAAUGCCUUACAAAUAAAUAUAUAUAUAUAUAUAUAUAUAUAUAUAUAUAUAUAUAUGCAUAAUUUUGCUAAAUAUUUUAAAUUAAAAUUUUCUCCUCUAAGCCACUUUAUUUUGAGAGUUUAUUUGACCAUUGCCAUUCUUCAUACAAUAAUUAUUUUUACAGGUCAGAAGUUGUUUAAGAGGCUGUCCAGAAACUCUGAUGCACUGAGCGAGACAAGCUCAAUAAGUCACUUGGAGGAAGUAGAAACCAUGGAAUCUCUUUCUACACCAGAAAUGCAACCCCCAUCACAACCUAUAUUUGAAGCACUACCUUCACAACCGACAACUCUUGAAAGCGGAACCCCAAGUGAGGUAUCCCAAGACGUGGAAGCAUUAAGCUUUCAGACAGAGGAAUCAGAAGGCCUCAGAUAAAGUGAACCCUUGUGGAGAGAGGUUUCAUAGUGCUUAACAUGAACUCUCAAGUUGUAACGGUAUAUCUGAUUUAUAAUGUGAACCGUGCCACACAAUUCUACAGUAGAAUGUACUGUAAAUUAAAUUAUUAACUUGUCUGCACAAAUAAUAGAAUUUAAUGAGGCUUUUCCUUAAAGUUAGAUGAGCUUGAGAGUACUGCUCUUCCUUGGCAGUUUCAUGCCAUGUCUUGAAACUCCAGGGUUGACCCUCUGUUAACUCAAUAAUCAGAAUGGUUUUUAAUUUUGUAAUCUUUAUCCAAAAGGUUGGGUCAUUCUUCCAUUUUCCCAUAACCAAAACUAGUCUUAACUGAAAUGUAAACUCUGGGGUGGAAGUAAAACCUAAAGGGCAUUUUACAUCUAUGAAGAUUAUUUAUGUUCUUGUUUAAAAAAAAUAUAUAUAAAUCUAGGUUUGUCUUUUUACAAAUAAACAGCUACGUUUUCUAACAUCUGCUCAACUGAUUAUGUACAUUGUAAUUUGAACAGCUAGUUGAUUGCAGAACUGCAUUUACAUUAUCGGCUAUAUCCUAUGCAGGGGGCCUAUGGUUUUGAGUAGUUAGGAGCAAGAAUACCAGUGGCAGUGGGUCCCAUCUUCUACCUGAUAAAUAUGUUGUAUUCAAGUAAUAAGAGACAUAGUUCUAACGUCAAGGAACAGGAAAUCAGUGCACUUGGUGGCAUCAAUCUCUUCCAUUCUAUUAGAGCCAGUCAGAUUAUAUGUUACAUAUUGGCUUUCUCAGUGACAACAGGUGUACACAAGCAUAAGUUGUGAUAGUGACAGCAAAAAUAUCCUGCCCCUUUACAACAAUCAACCAAGAGUUAUGGCAAAGCAGCCAAGAACACUGUAGAACUCAGGAUAUGGGAAAAGCUGCAGUACUAUACCGUUAUACUAUAUGGGUUUUUUUUUGUUUGGUUUUUUUAGUUACUGCCCAUUGGUUUUAAUUACAGAUCUGCAAUUUAAUCAAAGUGUAUGAUUUAUAGUUACAUGAAACCGUCCAUUAAGUAAUUUUUACUUUGGUUCUCGUGCUUAUUAAUACUGUAGAAUAAAUAUUGUAGCAAUCGAAAAUGCACUAUUUUUCACAACUGGAUAAGAAGUUCCGUGUAGAAUGUCAAUACAUUCACAUGCCUAGUUUAGAAGUGUUAGUUACACAAAAUAUCAUGGGCCAAGUGUAGUAGAGUAUCUCCAUGAGAGUCCUCAAAUACCUAAACAAAAAUGGGUUUAAUCAUUAAACAGUCUUAUGAUUAAUUUACAACUCAACUGCAUUGCAAAAAAACAGCUUUAUAUAAAGUGGAGUUUGCAGGAUCCGUAAAUACAGAGGUGAAGUAGCAUACACCACAUCUGGUGCUCAUCCAGUACCAAAAAAACAGUUCUAAGCACCACUACCAGUCUAUUAAAGAAAGGACCAGGCACUCAAAGUGUGUUUAAGGUACUUUAACAGCUCCCCUAAACCAAGGUUUGGAGGAACUGAAAUGUUGCAAUGGCUUAGUGAAUAAAGCAUCCUACAUGCUUUGAGUGACUGUUCCUUUCUACAUUUUGCAAUUCCCUGUAUAAUAAUUGAACCAUUAUUUCAGGUGGACAUUUUUGUCAAGAGCAUUAGUCAAAAAGUUGCUGGUCCAUAUAUUUUAUUUUUUAAACAAAAUUGUAAAUCUGGAGUUAUCAGCAAAUAACUAGUUUCUAUGCUGAAUGUUCAGAAAUAAGUUACCCCAGAAUAAAACUUUUAAAAUGUGCAUCGCAGGGCUAUAUGAGAACUAAUGCUAACUUAAAAAUGAUAGACUAACUUUUUGGAAAACAUUUAUGGUAGAAACUGAAGUGUUUCUAAAUAUGGAGAAGUAUGCAUUUGGUCCUAACACAGAUGUAAUAUCUACAAAUGUCUGUACAUGUUAAUAGAGCUGAGCACCCAAAUUCCAUACACCAAUAUUUGUUGAAUGUUCAAAAAUAUGCUAGUGAAUGUUUAUGUAAAAGUUAUUUGUAGCCACUGCCCUCACCCCCUGCAUUUCACUUUAUGUUCAACCGAGCACUGGCCAACUGGCUUAACUGAAGUUGGAUAGUGCUCUUUUGAGUUUAAGAGUACAUCUUGUCCUUUUAGUAAAACAAGUAUUUUUUUGGCAUUGGUUACACUAUUUGUAAUGGUUGGGGGGCACUUGAAUAUAAAUGCAUUGUUCUGAUCCUAAUUGUGGUGUUGGGCAUCCAAAGCAGAUUACUGUGUCCUGCAUAGGAUCAUCCUUCUAAAUAUCACUACACUUUUUAAUUUAAGUGCUAAUAGAACCAAGAGUCUUCCCUGGUAUACUGGUUAUUGGUGCAAUGAAGUCUAUAUGAAUUUAGAUUACUCUGGGGCAUGGGGGAUAGAGAAAAUUUCAGUCUAUGUAUAAAUAUUAAUACAAAUUAAUUUUUACUGUUUUUAUAUAUAAUAUAUAUAUAUGAGAUUGUGGUUUACAGUUUACCUUUCAGUUUAUUGAAUUACAACUAUG